GCAAUCGCAAACACUCUAAGAUGGAUCAAUCUGACCAGCGAAGCUUAAGCUCUGGACUUAUCGUAUCAGUUUUCUUAGUUUUACUUGUCGCAUUACUUGUACCCUCUGCCUUGGCUGCUACAUUGGCGCCACCAGCUCCUCCAACGAGGACUGGAUUUACAGGCACGGUAAUCCAGGUAGCAUGGAGCUCUAUUUCAGGAGCUUCUCAAUACCAAAUUAAAUAUGCUGACGAGUCGAACUCAGAAACAACAAAAGCCGCUGUGACUGGACUCACGGAUACAAUACCCUGUUCCUCUGCUGAUGGUUCACUAUUCAAGGUAUCCGUUCGCUAUACCUCAGGCGGUGAUGAUUCUGGAUACUCUAUCCCCGUAUCUAUGAUGUGUGCUGAUGUGCCCGAUACUCCCUUAGUGCCCACAGUAAUCAUCCAGAAUCUAGACCAGAUAGUAAUAGAAUGGCAACCACCUGCUUCUGACGGAGGUACUCCAAUCCUUGGCUACCAAGUUGACAUGUCUGAUGAUGGGUUCUCUACCUUCACACAGGUCUAUGAUGGCUCUGAAAAUCCAGGAGCACGCCAACUUGAAGUCACUAGUUUCAACAGUGCUGCUCUCCAAGUGACUACAUACUCUUUUAGAGUGAGAGCUAUUAACUGGAUAGGACCUAGUCUUAAUAGUCCUCAGUUGGACUUAGUCUUGACCUCUGCUACGAGCGCACAACACAGUACAGUUACCAUUGACACUAGUAUUGAAGCAUAUGUUACUCAAAGUGUCGUGGUUCAAGCUAGAGACUCAUCAAGCACUGCUAUUACCACUGGAGGAGACAUAUUUGCACUACACGUGAAGAAUAGAUGUGUCAAGAUAAUCAAUAACUUCAAUUGUAAGGACGACAGCACUGUUCCAGAUAUACUAGACAAUGACGAUGUCAGUGUAAUGAUAGAUAAUGGAGAUGGCACCUACACUGGAACCUACUAUGUGCCACUAAAUGGAGAAGUCACUGCUUCUGUAUUCUUAAUGCAAACUGGAGGUGCCUAUGCUGAGUAUUUCGAGAAUGUUUUUCUUGAUGGAGCACAAGCAACUAGUGCCAUAGAGCCCAGAAUUGAACAUGACUGGGGCACAGGACUCAUUACCUCAGCAGCAACAGACUUUGUCUCAGUAGCAUGGUAUACUAUGAUAAAAGCACCUGUCACAGAAGACUUCUUCUUCACUGUCGAAGCUGAUGAUGGAAUAAGACUGUACUUCGAUGGAGAGCUAAAGAUAGACAGAUGGGAUGAAUGCUGAGAAGACCAGAUCUUCACUGUUCUACUGACUAAAGAUAGAUUCUAUGACAUCAAGCUUGAGUACAAGGAAACACAAGGAAAAGCUAGAGUUAAAUUAUAUUGGUCUUCACUUUCUGUACCAAAAGAGAUCAUUCCAAGCAGCUACUUGUACUACCCGAAGAUGGUUGGGUCCUCUCCUUAUGAUAUUACAGUUACUAAUGGACCUAGUAUAGCUGACAAAUCUACAGCAUCAGGGAUUGGACUAACUAGUGCAACUGCUGGAAAAGCAUCAAUAGUUGACAUUGUGAGUAGAGAUUUUGCUUCUGCACCACUUGACAAUACAAAUGAUGUCUAUUUACUCUCAUUAACCAAUACCAACCCACUUGGUGGAGGUGAUAUCUCAUUCACUACUACAUAUCAAGGACCAGUAGGUAUGUACCAAUCAACCUACAUCCCAACAAAGGCAGGAACUUUCACUCUUGACAUUACCCUUCUUGGAAGUCAUAUUAGUGGCAGUCCUUUCACUGUUAUUGUUUCACCAGGCGAACCAAGUGCUCUUCAGACAACUACAACUUUGAGCUUGCCUGCUUCUAUGGUGGCUGGAACUACCUUCUUCUUUGACAUCACACUGAAAGACUUGUUUGGAACAACCAUACCAGAUGGGAACACAGAAUUAAUCUCGAUAAUGGCUAAAUUCCAAGACGAUUCUGCCUUUGACUCUCCCAUUGGAGUUGCUGAUCUUACUGACUGGGAAGUUGUCAAUGGCAAAGAUAUUGCAGGAGUUGCUCAAAGUCAAGGAAAUGGUAUCUAUAGUUCACAGCUAACAAUCCUCAGAGCUGCAACCUUUAACAUAGAAGUGAUGGUGAACGAUCAAUCAAUAUCUGGAUCUCCAUUCUCUACUCUCACUGUAAAUCCUUCUGAAGUAUAUGCUCCUCAAUCUGUAGCAUCUUCUGCACCAACAACUGCUGCCUCAGGAACUCUAACUACAUUCCAGAUCCAAGGAAGAGACUUCUAUGGGAACAAUGCUCAGACUCUUAUCACUGCUGUAUCUUCCACUACAAUCCAAUUGAAUAAUGCUGCUACGAAUAACUUGGUUCUCUCUGGAACAAUCGUUGAUUCUGCAAAUGCAGGUGUUUACGAUGUCUCUUUCACUCCUACAGUCUCUGGUUCUCAUAAGCUAGUGGUUAUGAUUGAAGGAAAGCAUGUAAUAGGCUCUCCAUUUGAUAUAGAAGUCACAGCUGGAACCACAACAGACUUAUCAACCACUACAAUCACUUCAUUUAAGACUGAAUAUGCCACUGGUGAAUAUUUGAACUUCAAUAUCGAAGCCAGAGAUGCUUAUGGCAACCUAAGAACUGCAUCAACUUCUGAGACUUUUGUCGUUACACUUAUAGACUCCACCUCUGCUGAGACUGCUAUUACUCCAACUUCAAAUAAUGAUGGUACAUAUACUGUAAAUCAGCUUCUCUCUACAGUCUCAACAUAUGCGUUACAUGUCAAAGAUUCCACCAAUGCUACCGAUGUUGCUAGUUCACCUUAUACAGGAAUCGUUGUUUCCCCUGGAGGUGUUGUUGCUCUUAAGUCCAUAUUUGACACCUCUCCUACUCCCAUUAUAGCUGGCAGCUCAAACAACUUCAAGGUCGAAGGAAGGGAUAUAUUCUCUAACACAGUGCCAACAGAGAACAGUAAUUAUGAAUUUUUCUUAAGUAUCUAUAAUCCUUCUGAUUCUAUUACAACAGUGCAGACUAUGACUUAUAAGUUUGGAAUUUAUGAAGCAACUCUGUCUCUUACUAAAGCUGGAAUAUAUGACGUGGUGAUUGGACUUAUCAGAGAUGGUGGCUUGAGAGGGACUUAUUAUAAGACAGUUUCAUUUUAUGAUGAUAUUCAAACUAACUCUCUACAUUACCAUAGUGGGUUAGCACCUUCUCAUUAUACCCAGAUAGACAAGACUGUGAAUAUUGACUCUGAUUACUUGCAAGUCUUGAGUGGAAUGCCAGCUCAAUACUUCUCGAUUGAAUGGACCGGAAAGAUCAAAGUUCCUCAAAGUGGGAAAUAUAGGUUCUACAUUGGCUCUGAAGAUUACUACACUGUCAAGCUUACUAUUGGAGGGGAAAUCCUAAUUGAUCUCCAAUCAUCUGCCUCUGGAGUAAUUCGAACUGGAGAUCACUACUAUGCUGACAAAGUAUUGACAGUAAACACUCUUUAUGAUAUUGAUAUCACAUUUUCAGAGAAAAUUGGUGAAAGCAAAAUAGUACUGUUUUGGGAAUCGGACCAAAUCUCUAAGCAAGUAGUUCCAGAAGAGUACUUGUACAACACUUUGUAUUCUGAUUCAACACCCUUUACAUUAGUUGUGAAUCCUCUGGACACCAGUUCGACCAAGAUAGUUAUUGCAGGAGAUUACUCUCAAGCUGUAGCAGGUGCUUCUGAAACUAUUACAUUGACAGCUAGAGAUAUUUAUGAGAAUGUUCAGAUUCACCAAUCAGAUAUUUUCACAGUGGUUCUAACUCAUUCAGCAGGAACUCCAGUUGUAAAUGGAGUAGUAACAGCAACAGCUAACGGACAAUACAGUGCUACUUACACCUUACCAACUAAAGGGACUUACUCAAUGGUGAUCAGUGUUGAUCCUAAUGGAGGUGGUUCUCCUUCUGUUAUUGCGGGAUCUCCAUACACUGUAACAUGUAUUGAUUCUACAACAGAUCCUUCAAAGACUCAAAUGACUGGAGCUGCUCUAACAGCAGCAACUGCAGGUGAAAUCAUGAGCUUUACAGUAUCUCUCUAUGAUACCCAGAACAAUGCUCGAACAUCUGGUGGAGACACUGUUGUCUUGACACUGAAAGACUCAGGAUCAUUAAGUGUAGGAACAACUUGGGUGAUUGACAACAAUGACGGAACUUAUACUGCUCAAUACAAACAUGGAAUUGUUGGAUCUUAUACAAUAGAGGUAGUUGUAAAUUCUGACACAGCAAAUACAAAGACAUCUGCGUUAACAAUCAAUCCAGGAUUGCCAAAUCCGACCCAAUCCACUUUGACCCAUGCUGCUUCAACAUCAAUAGGAUCAGCAACUGCAAUUGACAUUAAGGCUGUUGACUCAUUUGGAAACGAUAUUACAACCACUUCUCAUGAUAUUGCUUACGAAAUUGUUGGGAAUCAUAAGCUAAUCUCUGGAACUGUCCCUAUAAACAGUUUACCUGCUGCUACUUAUCAAACAAGCUAUACAAUUCCUACACCAAUUAGUACAGAUAGUUCAACUUGUGGUACCCUAGGAGUAAAUGCUUACUUUGUCUAUCAAGGACUCAUUGCUAAGUACUAUCCGAACAGAUGGUUCAGUGGAACUCCAGCAAUCACUCAGAAAGAGACUCAGAUAAAUGUGAACUGGCAACAGAAUGAGAUUAUUCCUGAUGUCAGCAGUGACUAUACCUCAGUUAUCUGGACAGGAUACUUAAAGCCACUGUAUACUGAAGCCUAUACUUUUAUUAUAAGGUCUAACGAUGGAGUAAAACUAACAGUUGGUGGAGAAGUUCUGAUUAAUAAGCUCACUCAGACUGUUGCUGAUGGAAAUUCUAUCACCUCAACUAGUCCUACUAUUUCACUAACUGCCAAUAGCUAUGUUCCAAUUAAAGUUGAAUAUUAUGACAUUACAGGAGAUGCAUUCAUAUUCUUGGAAUGGACAAGCACUUCUCAAAGUCAAGAGAUUAUUCCUGCAGCUCAGUUCUAUACUCCUGACAUCUCAGCUGUGCCAAUCACAGGUUCAACAGUGAUAUCAGCCUCUAUCUACUCGCCAAUGAAGAUGAAUGCAGUAACACAAGGAGAUUCUACCACAUUUGAAUCAAAUUCUUUGACUAUUAAUUGGACACCUCCAACCGACUUUGGAUGUUCUGCUAUUAGUGGAUACGAGAUCACACUUGACGAUGGAUCAACACCAAGUACUACCUCUGUAGGUCUGAUAACAACUACUAAGAUAAGCUCUUUAACACCAGGACAAUCCUACUCAAUUACUAUCAAGGCAGCUAAUAGCUUUGGAGUUUCAUCUUUAGCAAGUGAUGCAGUUAACCUGGUUCCUUCUACAUUUCCAAAUGCUAUUGCUACGAUUAGUGUUACCCUCUAUGAACAGAAUGCUCUUACACUUACAUGGACUGCUCCUACUGAUACAGGAAUAGGCGACACUUCAAUUACAAUCACUAAUUACUUGCUCGAAGUUGAUAAUGGUUAUGGAACUGGAUAUAGUAAUCUUGUAACACAAACAGGGCUUUCAUAUAAGCACGAUGGACUUAUUGCUGGACAAUCAUACAAAUACAGAGUGUCAGCUCAAAACUUCCUAGGAUAUGGACCGACCUCUUCAGAAUUUACCUUCAAGCCAAUUGUAGCUCCCUCGAAACCUCCAAAUCCACCUACUAAUAAUCCUGCUUCAACUACUCAAACUGUGAUUCACUUAGGCUAUGAAGCAGUUGAAGACGACGGAGGAGCCUCUAUCUCUCACUACAAUAUCUACAUUGACGAUGGACUUGACGGAGCAUUCGGAGCAGCCAUUCCAAAUGGCCUAGCCCUCACCUAUUCCACAAGCGCCUUGACUUUGGUCACUGGAAGGACUUACAGGUUCAAGUACUCUGCAGAGAACUCCAUUGGACCUGGACCAUUGUCAGACGAAGUAGCUAUUCUGUUAGCAGAACUUCCAGGAGCACCAACCGCUUUUACAAGAGUAGACCAAGACACUUUGAGUGCAGGAAUCAUCAGAGUCCAGUGGGCAGCUCCCGCCAGUGACGGAGGAACUGGAAUCACAGGAUACAAUGUAUAUCAAGAUGACAAACUCAUCUAUGAAGCAGAGAACACCGAAUACAUGCACACCAUCUUCAGCUUGACUAUUGGCUCUUCGUACAAGAUCAGUGUGGCAGCAGUCAAUGCUGUUGGAACAGGACCUACAGCAGAUCUCACCCUAGUUGCAGCAAGCGUCCCUGCUAAGAUGGACAGACCGACUCUAGCAACUUCAACUACUACCACAAUCAAAGUGCAAUGGAGUGCCCCAUUAUUCGAUGGAGGAUCUGCAGUCUCUGGUUAUUCGAUCAGAAGAGAUGCUGGCCCAGGAACUGCCUUCCAAACUCCAGUGAGUGUCUCUGGAACUGAACAUGAAUUUACAGGAUUAACUAACUCAGUCCUCACUUACAGAAUUGAAGUUGCAGCUGUAAACGCUAUUGGAACUGGAGAGUACAGUACAGCUUAUGAGUUCUACGCAGCAGCAGCCCCAGGUGCACCUGCAACACUUGUCGUUUUGUCUCAAUCAACAUCUGAGAUCUCUCUUGACUGGACUCCACCAGCUUCAGACGGAGGCUGAAACAUUGACAAGUACAGACUUUGGAUGGAAGAUAUUCUAGACCCUGGAUUCAAGUUAGCUUACGAAGGCUUCCAGACAUCAGCCAUCACCCCUGUCACUGCAUCCAGGACAUACAAGUUCCAGGUGACUGCCAUUGCUUGAAGAAUGACAGGUGCAGCACUGGAAUUAGAAGUCAAAUCAGGGUCAAAACCUGCUAAGAUAUCAUCUGCUCCUAUUGUUUCAUCUUACCCUAGCACUACUUCAGCAAUUUUGACUUUCUCUCCACCUAGUGAUAAUGGAGGAUAUUAUAUCAAGAACUUCAAUGUCUAUGUGAACAACAACUUGAACUUGACUCUCAAUCCUAUCGGACCUCAUUCCUUUACUAUAUCUCCUUUAGUUGAUGGUACAAGCUAUAAAGUAGAGAUAUCAUCUGAGAAUGAAAUUGCAGAGAGCGAAAAGAGUGAUGCAUUGAUAUUUACUUUUGAGGUUCCUUAUACCCCUGCAACUUUAGCUCUUACCUCAACUCAAACUCAAAUUAAUCUUGCUUGGACUCAACCAUCAAGCGGGAGUGUUGCUUCAGUUGAUGGGUACAAGAUCUAUAUCAAUGAUGGAGAAGGAGCCGAGCCUAUAUUUGUGUACUCUACAGAAGGAUCGCCAAGUGUACUUUCACACUCACUAACUCAAGAUGGAAGUAUGAACUUGCUUGAAUGUGGAAAGACUUACAGAGUCCAAGUUACCUCAAUUAAUGAAGUUACUGAAAGCACUCCAAUUGAACAGAGUAUUAUAGUUGGCCAAACUCCUGGAGCUCCAAUUAACCUCAGAGUCACGGAAAGUAUUCCAACCACCAGCAUCAAGAUUGAAUGGAAUCAUACUGAAGAUACUGGUUGCUUACCUUUGAGAUCAUACAUUCUUACUGUUAACGGUGUAGACCAGACCUCAUUAACUAUAACAGGAGACACUACUAUAAUAACUUAUGAUAUUUCAUCAGGAGGAGCUAUUGGAACAAUUUAUACUUUAUCUCUAAGAGCAGUAAACGAUAAGAGCGAAGGAUUAGCCUCAGACUCAAUCUCUGUAACAGUUGGCUCUGUUCCAAAUUCUCCUAGUGCUUUGACACUUGUAUCAAGACCUUCCCAAUCAAGCAUUGUUGUGAGCUGGACUCCUGAUACUGCUAUAACUAAUAAUAUUGAGACUAAUGAGUACAGGAUUUAUAGACAGAAAUCAGAUGGAACUGAGCAAUUGCUUUCAACAUCAACAAAGAGUUCAAACUAUCAAGUAACUCUGCCUCAAGCUACUACACAGAAUCCUAAUCCAUCAGGGUUGACUACAGGAGAUUCUUAUUCACUAAUAGUGAGAGCAGCUAACUAUUGGGGAGAAAGUGGAGAUUCAAACAUUCUAAUAGUGAUUAUCGGCACUAAACCAUCUCAACCUCCUAUUCCAACAUUGACAGCUAGCACCUCUACAUCAUUGUCAUUGAAGAUAAAUCCAAGUAUUAGCAACGGUGGACUGCCUAUUAUAUCUUACAUUGUCUCUUAUGAUGUUGCACAAAGCGGUAGUUUUGUAAAUGAGACAAUUAGCGAUCUAUCAAAUCUUGUCUGGAGUAAAACAGGGCUUACUACCUCUGCCUUGGUUGAUAUUCAAGUUCAUGCUGUGAAUUCAAUUGAUAGCAGUGACGAAUCAAACUUAGUUACAUUCAUAGUUGCAGGUGUUCCAGCCACUCCAGCACAGCCAAUCAUUGUUGGAAAUCCUGUAGAACAACAAGACGGAUCUAUCUCUGCUACAAUAAGUUGGACAGCUCCAGCUACUCAAGGAAGCGCUAUCACAGGAUAUACCUUAUACUAUAAGAAGAGUUCAAGUAGUGAUUCCUACAUAGUUGCUUCAGAAGGGAGAGCUGAUAUCCUUCAGUAUACAAUCACUGGAUUAGAGAAGUCAACUCAAUACUUAAUCAGAGUUACUGCAACUAAUAGAGCAGGAGAAAGUUUGCCAAGCACUACAAGAACCUUAAUUGCAGCUGGAGUUCCAUCUAAACCUCUUAAUCUUCAAAUUACUUCUGUGAGCGUUGGAUCAAUUUCUAUAAGUUGGGAUGCUCCAGAAAGCAAUGGUGGAAAGUCACUAGAUGGAUACAUUGUGCAGUAUAGACUGACAUCAGCUUCAUCAUUCACAUCAGCUAGUCUAAUCCAAACAACAGCUUCUACUCUAACCUUGACAGCAAAUCAGCAAUAUUCUAUCAGAGUAGUUGCUCAAAAUUCAGUCGGAAAUUCAGAUCCUUCAUCAAGUAUUUAUGGAUAUGCUGCAGAUGUACCAAGCAGCUUGGCUAUUGCAACAGUAAGCCAAAGAGAUGUGGAUAGCAUUAAAAUUGCUUGGACAGCACCCACCUCAGCAAUUACAAUUACAGGAUACCAAGUUCUCAGAAAUGAUGGAGAUGGAUCUUAUCCAACAAUUAUUGCUUAUGAUGGAGAAUCAGUUGCUUCAAGACUUUAUGCAAAUAUCACAGGAUUAAGAACAGGAAGUGAGUACAACUUCAUCUAUCAUGCAUUUAACUCUGCAGGCAAGAGUUUAGCUAGCCCUAUCCUUUCUGCUACUAUUGGAAGACUUCCAGAACCACCUGCUCUUCCUCCUGCUUUGGUACAGUCAAAUGCUACAGAUAUUGAAAUUUCAUGGGAGAAGUCACCAAAUUCAUAUGAUAUUCCAAUCACUAACUAUGUUGUAUACCAAGAUGCAUUAGCUGUAGCAACACUAGGCCCAACUGUGUACACAUAUACUGCAGGAUCUCUCACCGGAGGUACAUUGUAUGAGUUUACUGUCGCUGCCAAAUCAUUAAUUGGAGAAGGAAGUCAGUCUCAGCCAAGAAGCUAUUAUGCUGUAGAAACUGCUCUGAAGCCAACAACUGUGACAAUCACAGCUUCAACAAGAGAUACUUGUAAAGUGGCUUGGACACAAGUGACUCCUCCAGCUAACACUGUCAUCGAAGGAUAUGUUGUCUUAGUCAAUGAUGGAUUAGAUGGAGAUGAUUUUGUAGUUGCCUACGAUGGAAAGUACAACCCUUCUACUUUAGAAGCCACACUCUCUGGACUUUCAGCCAGGAGGACAUAUCAGAUCAAGGUCUAUGCAGUAAAUAAAGCAGGAACUGGAGAGCAUAGUGAUGAGGUAUCGUGAUUCACUUCUGCUCCACCUGGUCAGCCAGGAAGACCAACUCUAGUAUCUAGUGCUGCUGGUUCAAUAGAAUUACAGUGGGAACCAGCUUUUGAAGAUGGAGGCUCAACUAUCACAGAAUACCAACUUUAUUAUGAUCUUAUAGAAGGAACUGGAACAGCAAAUGUUGAAAGUUGGACUUUAGCCAUGAAUUCUAAUCAACUUAGCUACACUGUUGGAUCGCUAACUGCAACAAAGCAAUACAGAUUUAGAGUACGAGCAAAGAGUGGAUCUGUAGUUGCUGGAGACUACUCUCCAGUAUCUCAAUAUUACGCAGCAGCUCUUCCUAGUCAAGUUACUAUUGAUACUGCAUCUACAGAGCUAAAUGGAGUUAACAUUACUUUACAUUGGACUAAGCUAACUAUUACUCCUGCAACACAGCUAGACAUACUUGGAUAUAAGAUCUAUGUCACCCAAAGGUACUCAACUAAUAGCUAUGCUUUCGAAGUUCAUGAUAUUGAUGAAUAUGAAAUCACAGGUCUUACUGCAGGAGUAGAAUACCAGUUCGAAGUAUCAGCUAUUAAUGCUAUUGGUGAAGGAGUAAAGAGUUCCCCACAUAAUGCUUUUGCAAUGACUAAACCAAGUAAGCCAGAAAUGCCUUCCAGAGUUGCCUCUUUAAAUACUAGUAUCACUGAAGCAUCGAUAGACUUAGCAUGGAACUCAGUUACAAAUGCUGGAGGAGUGCCAAUUACAGGUUAUAAACUAUAUCAAAAGGAUCUGACAACUAGCAUAGAAUCAGUUGCUUAUGAUGGAAGUUCUAGUGCCACAGUUUUAACAGCAUCAAUCGCAUCUUUAGUUCUUGAUAGAGAUUAUGAAUUCUGGAUUACUGCACUUAAUCCUCUAGAAAGCGAUCCAAGCGACAGAAUUACUUUAAGAGCUGCAGCUUUGCCAGAUGCUCCUGGAGCAAUUACACAAGUAUCAAGAACUUCUCAUAGUAUCGAACUAACUUGGCCAGCAGUGACUAAUGACGGAGGAUCAUCUAUUUUGUCCUAUACCCUUGUAGAAGAGUUUUAUGAUGAAGUAACUGGACAGGUUAUUGAUCAAGUAGCUUACUUUGGACUAGGAACUACCGCACUUGUUGACAACCUUGUUCCAGGAAAUACAUAUAUAUUCAAAGUUAAAUGUACAAAUAUGGUAGGAGAUUCUCCUUUCAGCUCAGGUUAUGCUUUCAAUAUUGUUGAUGCUCCAACCCCUCCAAUCAAUGCACAAGUAGAUUCAUUCUCUGAAACCCAAGUUAUUAUAUCUUGGGGAGCACCAUUAGACACAGGAAAGACACCAAUUACUGGAUAUAAAAUCUUUAGGCAAACUUUGUCCGACUCAACAUCUACCUUAUCUCAGAUAGGAAUCACUUCUAGUUCAGUUCUAACUUACACAGAUUCAGCAAUUACAGCAGGUCAUAAAUAUGCAUAUGCAGUUGUUGCUACUAAUGCUUUUAAAGAUAGUGAAUACUCAGCAAUCCUUAAUGCAAGAACUAUAGCAGUUCCUUCUGGAAUGACAAGCCCCAUGCUUGUUGGUAGAACUGCUACAACUAUUACAGUCUCAUGGGCAGCACCAACUUCUACAGGAUCAGCUUCAGUUGAAUACUACGUUUUGAUGAUGAAAGCCGAAUAUGAGAAUGAAUUCAAAGAGGUUUACAAAGGAUUAUCAAAGUUCCAUACAACAUCGAGCUUAAAGAGUGGCUUUACUUACGUAUUCAAGGUAAAAUCUGUUAAUGAUGCUGGUGAAUCUUUCCUCAGUGCAUCCUCAAAUGCUAUUUAUGCAGCUGAAGAACCUGGUACACCUAUCAACUUAUCUCUUGUUAGUCGUUCUAACACUUCAAUAACCAUCGAGUGGGAAAAGCCAACUAAUACUGGAGGAAUGCCUAUUACUGGAUAUAAAGUGUAUAAAGCAGAAGGAAGUGGACUAUUCACAGAGGACAUAUCUGCACCUUCCAAAACAGAUGAAGGAAUUAGGGCGUAUACUUUAUCUUCAAUUACAGCCGGAGCACUCUACUCUUUCAAAGUCUCAGCAACUAAUGCAAUUGGAGAAAGUCUGGUGUGUAAUCCAAUCAAGAUCAUUGCAGCUGAUUUACCAAUGAAGCCAACCAAUGCACCAGUAAUUUCAAGUUUCUCUACUUCUCAUGUAUCAAUCACUCUUACUGCAAUUCCUACUGCUAACAAUGGAGGAUCAGAUAUCACAGGCUAUAUUGUAAUGAUGGAUAAUGGACUAGGAGAUGACAAUUCGUUCACUGUGAAAUCAGACUCACUCCAGACUUCCCUUACAAUAAAUGGAUUAAUCAUGGGAAGAACCUACAGAGUAAUGUAUGCUGGAAGGAAUAAGGUAUAUGACUCAGGAAAUCUCUUUGAAGGAGAUAUUCUGCAAUAUAGUGAUAUGAGUGAGUUUACUACAGCUGUUGCACCUGAAAAGCCUGUCAAUCUCAGGCAAUCCUCUAAGUGCUAUAGAACUUCAAUUGUAAUUGAGUGGGACCCACCUGUCUCAACUGGAGGCAGCCCUAUUAAAGAGUAUGUUGUAACUUAUACCAGUGGAACUACUGUCACUACAACUCUUAAUGAUGUGACAUCCUAUACUAUUUCUGGACUUACUCCAGGAACCCAAUAUGAGAUUAAUAUCAAAGCAAUUACCGAUCAUGGAGACUCUGGAUUCUUGACUACUCCUUUGUUAGCUUAUCCAGGAGUUGCUCCAACAUCACCUGGAGCAGUUUCCUUCACAUCUGUUACUAGAAAUAGUAUUGUUGUAGCUUGGUCUCUUUUGACUAGUGAAGAUACAGGAGGAACAGCUGCUGACCCAAUAAACAUUAGCAAUUACAACCUGUAUAUGAGAAAAUCAGCUGAGGAGGAAUACUCGCUUGUUGGCCAGACAACCUCAAAUACAUUGACCAUCAACUAUUUAAAAUCAGGAAUAAUGUACAACUUUAUUCUAUCUGCUUCAAAUAUGAUUGGUGACUCCACAAGCAGCUCAUCAAACGAGAUGAUGGCAGGAACUUCUCCCUCUUCCCCAGGAAAGCCAAGUGUGAAUGUACUCGAUCCUACAACUGUGAAUAUCACUUGGAUAGAACCCUUCGAUAAUGGAGGUGCUCCAAUAAUCUCUUACACGGUGACUAUCACCAAAACUUCAGAUUCUUCAACACAAGAGUUCACAGUGAUUGAUGCACUAGAAUUCAUGUUUGAUAGUACUAAGAGUAUAGUUGCAGGCACAAGCUACACUGCUAAAGUUGUAGCAAACAACUUUGUGACCAACUACUUUGCUGCUAAUACUGGGGCAGAUAGUGCUUAUACUUCUUUCUCAACCUCAGUUAUACCAACUACAGCACCUUCCCUUUCUGCAAGCCUAAUUACUAGCACAAGUGCAACAGUGAGUUGGACUCUUUUGACGAACAAUGAGCAGAAAGGAUAUUCUACAAGUGAUCCAGUCUACUACCUAGAAGCAGAUUAUGAAGAAGGCGGCGAAUUCACUGUGAUUAACUCUUCACCAACAGACACAAGUAAAGCAGUGACAGGAAUAACUCCUGGAACAAUUCUGAAAUUAAGGAUGAGAGUUCAAAAUGUGAUAGGAUAUUCAGCCUAUGGUGAAAUCUUGACAAUAGUGUUUGCAGAAGCACCAGCAGCCCCUGAUGCUCCUAUCUUUGUCGAUAGAAGCGGUGAUACUGUUAACAACCUUUCUCCUUAUAUUACAAUUAGGUGGACUCCUCCAACAGUUGUGGGAGGAUCAGAAAUACUUGGAUACAAAGUAGAACUUCAAGAAGGAGCUGGAUUAUGGACAACAGGCUUAAUCACUAAUGAACCUGACACACUGACUUGGAAAUUUGAAGGUCUUACAGCUGGAUCUUCUUAUAACUUUAGAAUGUAUGCUAGAAACAUUGCAGACUAUUCUACUGCAAGUCCAUCAACAACGAUUUACUGUGGAACAGUACCUCAUGCAGUUCCAGAUCUUCUAACAGUCGACGCUAUUGAUGCAAGUGGAAUUACUACAAGUAUAGAUCUUAGCUGGAGUGCUCUUAGUUCCUCACUCAAUGGAGGUUCUGCAGUUCUAGGCUACUACAUCCAAACCAAUAGUGGAUUUGAUACUGACUUCAUCGAACCAGGGACUCAAAAGCUUAUUGCUAAUCCUUUUACUCAUACUUUCACAGGACUUACUAAAGGUGCGACCUACAAGUUCAGAAUUGCUGCUUAUAAUGAAAUCUAUACCACAAAUCCUCUCGGAUCUACUCUGAAUUUCUCACCUGUCUUGAGUGUUAUCGCAGCAGUUGCUCCAGAAAAGGUUGCCUCAUUAACACAGGAUACAACAGUCUUGAAAAACGGGACCAUAACAUUAAAGUGGGCUGAGCCAAGUGACAACGGAUCUCCAAUUACAGAAUACGUUCUCUACAAGGAUAAUGGGCUUUUUAUCUUCUAUGAAAUCUACAGAGGAAUCAACUUAACAUUCACAGAUAUAGGCCUUACUGAAGGAGGAUCUUACACUUACAAGGUAGCUGCCAUAAAUGCAGCAGGCAAAGGAACAGAGUCUGAUAACUUAGUUGGAAUAGCUGGAGAGAAACCAUCUGAACCUUUAAAUGUUAGGAUUGCUACUCAAUCACAGACAACUUUGACAAUUCAAUGGGAUGCUCCAGAUAAUAAAGGUGGCUUAUCAAUCCUGAACUACAUUGUUACUGAAGAUACUGUUGGUGGAACUGCUACCGACAUUACUGUAGGCACAUUGACCCAUUCAAAGACAAUAGCAGCAGCAGAUAUUGGAAAGGUUUUCAGAUUCAAAGUUGCAGCUCAGAACUCUCUUGGAGUUGGAACACCCUCAGCAGACAUUAGUCUUAUAGCAGCUGACGCUCCAGAUAGCCCCUCAAUGUCUUUGGAAUCUAGAGGAAUGACUUCACUACAAAUCAAGUUCGCACCAGGAGCAAGUAACGGAGGUUCUACUGUUAUUGGGUAUCUACUUUACAGAAACGAAGGCAUUUCUGGAAGUCCUUCUAAGUUGUUGACUAACGUGACUGCAGAACAGAUUCUGUAUAAUGCAACAGGACUUGUACCAGAAAGAGAGUAUACCUUCUCAUUGUAUUCUUACAAUGCAGCACAUCAAAGUGUUAAUACAGACUCAUCAUGGACAGUAGGUACGGUGCCAGCAAAAGCAAAUGAUCCUUCACUAAAGACUUCUACACAAGGAGCUGUUUCAGGAACUACUGGAACUAUAACUAUUCAAUGGGAAGCUCUCAAAGCUGUAUCAGGAUUACCUUUGACAAACUACUUAAUCUCAAUUGAUAAUCAAGGAGAUGGAACCUUUGGAUCAGCUGUAAACCUCACAGAUCUCUCUACUCUUGAGUAUGAAUUCACAGGAUUAGCUGAUGGUGCAGAAUACGGAAUCAAGAUUCAAGCAGAGAAUGUGAUUGGUACUGGUGAAGAAUCCAACGUAGUGUACUUAGCAGCUGCAAGUCUUCCAGACCAACCUGCCAAGCCAGUGUUUGAAACAUCCACCAAUACUUCGAUCUCUCUUACAUGGAAUGCACCUACAUCCAAUGGAGGAGCUACUAUACUUGGCUAUAAGGUGUAUAUGAAUGAUUUUACUUCAGCUGAUAAUAUCCUUGUGUAUGAUGGAUCGUCAGCUCCUUCAGUCUUGUCACUAACACAGCAGAACUUGACAGCAGGCAAGAGUUACCAAUUUGCAGUAUCAGCAAUUAACAGAGUCGGAGAAGGUCUCAUGAGUGACUUCGAUACAUUCUACUGUGCUAACAUUCCAGGAGUUCCUGGAGUUCCAGAACUGGUUUCUUCAGCAACGGACUCAGUCACAUUUAAAUGGACUCCUCCGAUAGACAAUGGUGGUGCAGAGAUUACAGGAUAUCAGAUUUAUCAUAAACGUGUGACAGAUCCAGAGUCAAGUUGGGCUCAAUUAGCAACUACCGAUAUCAACACUUUGAGUUAUACUCAUUCACCAAUAACAGGGACUGCGGAUGUUCAAUACAGAGUGAGGGCUGAUAGCACUCUUAGAGGUGAAGGCAGCUUCAGUGCUAGAGCUACGUUUAUCUUAGCAUCUGCCCCUACUAUGACUACUCAGCCUACAAUUGUAGCAACCACCAGAGACUCAAUUACAGUGUCAUGGACUAUAACAUCUAACGGUGGCUCAGUUGUUCUUGGCUAUAAGCUCUACAGAUACAACAAAGAAGACGGAGGUGAAACACUUGCUUAUGACGGGUCAUCCAGUGCUGUUGUGACUUCUUACGUUGAUACAGACCUUGAGCCUGGUAUGCAAUAUGGCUAUAGAGUCACAGCUACAAAUAGAGUUGGAUCUAGUGAUUUGUCACCUGAAACAGUAGCUAGAACUGGGGAAGUACCAGGAAAGCCUCCUGCUCCGAAAUAUGUCAGCAGCACAAGUACCUCAAUUACUCUCAGCUUUGAACCGGUUACUGACACAGGAGGAUUACCAAUAACACGAUACCAUCUUUACAGAGACAAUGCAACUUUCCCAAGUGUGUUCACUGAGAUUACAGCCUAUCAGGGAACUGAUAUGCAGUUUGAAGUUAACACUACAGAUGAACCAGAUAUGGUAACAGGAAAGGUAUACAGGUUCCGAUUCUCUGCUGAGAAUUCAAUUGGCAUGGGAAUUUCAAGCGACGGACACUUUUCAUCCACUAUAGUCUCAUUUGGUCUUGGAUCCUUACCUGAUAUACCAAAUACACCAACCCUAGAUAGGACUAAAAGCACAAAGACUUCUCUCUAUGUCUCCUGGACUGCCUUAACUUCUCAAGAUCUUGAUGUGGAAGGCUACGGCUUAUACAUGAGUUCAACUGGAUCUGAGCAAAGUGAUUUUCAACUAGUUUAUGAUGGAUUUGCUCAACCUUCUACAUUCAGUGCAAAUAUUACAGGACUAAACACUGGUCAAAGAUACUCAUUCUAUGUGAUUGCAAAGAACUAUAAUGGAUUUAGUCAAGCAAGUAAUGAAGCAAUUUGGCUAGUUUGAGAGCCACCUACUGGUCUCUCUGCUCCUCAGUUUGAAUCUGCUGAUUCUACGUCAAUCUCUUUGAAAUGGAGUGAACCAGAGGAUGACGGAGGUUGUCCGAUCACAACCUAUGGACUAUUCUUAUACAACUCAGGCACAACAAGCUUUGAUGCGGUUAAUAGUUCAAGUAUUCAAAACAGACCUUACAUCACAAGUUGGACAGUCACAGGACUUUCAAGUGUUGGAACAGCUCACAUCUUCAAGCUUUCUGUGUCGAAUGAGAUAGAUACAAUAGAGAGUGACACAAUUUCUGUUAUUCUUGCUGCUGUUCCAGAUACCCCCACUGUAGCUCCUGCUCAGGAUACAUCUUCUCCAGGAAAGAACAAGAUAGGUGUCUCUGUCACAGCUUUGACUACUGCCCAGAAUGGAGGCUCUGAUAUUCUAGGGUAUCAAAUCUAUAGAGACGAUGGAGUAGGAGGAGACUUUAACCCUCUAUAUGACAAAGAGAGUGUUUUAGGCACAACUUAUGUUGACACUGAAUUAGUCAAUGGGAGAACUUAUCGGUAUAAGUACAGAGUAAGAAACAUCAAUGGAUGGAGUGAGUUCAGCCCUAUUGGCUAUCUCAUAGCAGCAGAUGUUCCAUCGAAGCCUCCUGCACCUUCUUUGACUUCUGUCACAGACACAGUUAUCACCUUUGAUCUGAAUGAACCUUCAGACUCAGGAGGCGCAAAGAUUACUGAAUAUGAGUUGUUCUAUGAUGGUGGGUCUCUUAACAGUGCUUUCACAAGUUUCGGAAACUACUCAGCAAGCUCUGGAACUCACACUCUUGGAACUGCUAAUGGCUUGGCUCAAGGAAGCAAGUACAGAAUCAGAUGGAGAGCAAAGUCUGUUAUCGGAUAUAGUGAAGUGUCUGAACCAUUGAGAGUCGGACUCGGAGCUCAAGCAAAUACACCAACAAGUUUAUCACUCGAAAUACUAAAGUCAGGCCCUGGAAAGAUAGCUGUAAAGUGGACUAAGGCUACAGAUGGAUUCCUACCUAUCCUUGGAUACAUCCUACAAAUGAGGGAACAGAAUGGUUCAUUUAGGACUAUCUAUGAUGGAAGUUCAGAACCAGACAUAGCAUCACACAUUGUUGAAGGACUGACAGUUGGAGGCUAUUACGAAUUCAGAGUUUAUAGUAAUAACUUCAACGGAAAGAGUCUUGCUUCCAAUCAACUCUCAGCUUAUGCAUGAGGCAAACCAACCGGAUUUAGUGCUCCUAGAUUAGUAUCCACUACACAUACCACAAUAACAGUUGCUUGGGACCCACCAAAAAGUAAUGGAGGAUGUUUGAUUCAAGACUAUGCUGUUUACAGAGAUGAAGAUGGCACCGGAACCACUUGGACUGAAGUAAACCCUGUAUCAACUCACACUCGUAAUGAUCCCUUCAACAGAGAGUUUGAAUGAGACACUUUCCCAACAGGCGCAACAGCAGGAGAUACCUUCAGUUUCUAUAUUGAGGCCAUCAAUGUCCAAACUUCAGGAGACAGUGAUUACUCAGCACCGUAUAUAUUGGCAAGUGUACCUGAUACGCCUACUGCUGCUCCAGUCGUAGUUAGUGCAAUGACCGAUGGAACUCAAAUCAGCGUGUCUUAUGGAGCAGUAAGUAAUAAUGGAGGGACUGUCAUCACCAGCUAUGAACUCCAGAUGGGAUCUCUCAGCCUCAAUGACUUCGUUACCAUCAGUGGAGAAGAACCGAAGUCUCUUGCAUUAUCUUUCACUGUUACAAAGAAUAUCAACAAAGGAGAAUAUUAUGCUUUUAGAUACAGAGCUGUUAACUUCGUUGGUCCAAGUGAUUGGAGCUUGGUUGGUAGAAUCCAAGCAGCAACAGUACCUGAUGCUCCUCAAGCUCCUACAUAUAACACUGCAGAUGCAUCAUCUGUUACUCUGGAUUUGGUCAAUACAUUUGAUGAUUCAUUGACUUCGACUUCUAAUGGGGGUUCCAAGAUUACUUCAACUAAGUUAUUCAGAGAUUCAGGAAAUAGAACUAGUAAUAUUAAUGUUGAAGUUACUGCUUAUGGUGGAGAAGCUACCUAUCAAGUGACUGGUCUGGCAGCAAUGACUACUUAUAGAUUCGCCUAUGUGGCUGUCAAUGCUUAUGGAGAUUCUGUGCAAAGUAACCACAUUACAGUUGAAACUUCUACAAGACCAGUGCAACUAGACCCACCCCAAGUAGAUUGGACACAAUCAACCAAGACAUCUCUUUACAUUCACUGGGCAGCAAAGACCGAUACUACUGCGACUAUCAGAGGAUACAUCCUCUCCAUGGAUGAUGGUGAAGGAGGUUCCUUCACUGAUAUCUUUGCUGGAGUUUUCGAACCAAGUACACUAAGCUUCCUAAAGACAGGGCUCACAACAGGAAAGCAAUAUCGAUUCAAAGUUAGAGCUGCAGGAUAUAACGAAGAAGGACCUGAUAGUACAAUUGCCUCUUUCUAUGCUUGUACAAGUCCAACUGGAUUUGCUAGCCCUGUUGGUAUCUCACAGACUUCUACUCAGAUUCAGAUUCAAUGGAAAGCUCCAGAAGAUGAUGGCGGUUGCACACUUACAGGCUACGCAGUUUUCAGGGAUGAUGGAAACUCAGGAGCUAUCACAACAGAAGUAAACUCAGCUAAUGAUAUUGCAAUCAGAAACAAUCCCUCUCUUGAUGUAGCAACUAUUACUAACUUUGCAGCAGCCAGUGCUGAUGUUGGAAAGACAUUUAGAAUCAAAGUGAUUGCAUAUAAUCUUGGCUUAAGAGAAGCUGAGAGUGGAGCAGUGGUACUUGUACUUGCAAGUAUUCCAGAUGCCUCUAGUACCGUUGGUCCAGUAAACAUUCCUUCUGUGACUUCUGCGACACAAAUUGGUGUGACUUAUGGCCUUACUAGCCCUCCAACGAACGGAGGGAGUCCAAUCUUAUCAUAUUCUCUUGAGAUAGAUGACGGCAAAGGAGGAAGCUUCAGGAAAUUAGUUGGAUUCACCUCAAACAGUUUGCUCACUACCUACAGGAUCACAUCUGAUAUUGAGAAAGGACUUGAAUAUAGGCUUAGAUACAGAGUCGAGAAUGCUAUUGGAUGGAGCGAUUAUUCACCAAUUAGCUUCAUACUUGCUGCCAAUGUUGCAACAGCUCCUCCAAGGCCGACCUUUAGUAGUUUCAGCACAAGCACUUUGAAUUUAGACAUCCAGCCUUCUAAAGAUAACGGUGGCUCUCCAAUCCAGUCUUACCUUCUUUACAGAUAUAACACAGCAACAAGUGUCUUCGACCUUAUGGCGACUCUGACUCCUGACUCACUUACUUACUCUGCUACUGAUGGAGUCGAUGGCUAUGCGGUUGGGUCAACUUAUAGAUUCAGGGUAAUUGUAAAGAAUGGUAUUGGAGAUAGUAUCCCCUCAGAUGAAGCUUAUAUUGCAUUUGGAGAUGUACCUCCUCAGCCUACUGCUAUUGUUGCCUCUGACUGCACAACAUCUAAGACUUCCAUAACGGUUAAUUGGUCUGCUGUCAGUGCUCCUUUAUCUGUCACUGGAUAUAUACUAAACAUGGAUGAUGGAAGGUUAGGAGAAUACUCACAAGUCUAUGUUGGAACUAACAGACCUGAUUUGACAGAGUACACUGUCUCUGGACUAACUACAGGUCUUCCUUACCUUUUCACAGUUCAAGCUCUCAAUUCAAAUGGAGACAGUAUUGCCUCUGAUCCAACUACUCUCUAUGCAUGUGAUGUGCCUGCUGGGCUUGCUGCUCCAGAAUACAAGAGUUCAGACAAAGAUGCUUUGACAAUUAGUCUAAACUGGAAUUCACCAACAGAAGAAGGAGGUUGUCCUAUUACUGGAUUUGAAGUUUAUAGGGAUGAUGGCUCCACAGGAUUACCAACGACUAAGAUAACUUCAGUUGCAAACAACGAUCCAAGCAUUGAUACUGCUACUGUAACAUUCACUGAUCCUGAUCCAGGAGGUGUAAACACCAUUGUUGGCAAGAUCUAUACUUUCUCAGUUAGAGCUUUGAACCAAGCUGGAUAUGUAGAAUCUGCAACUACAAGAAUUGCUCUUGCAUCACUACCAGGCAAGCCGACAGCUCCCACUUCUGAUACAUCAGUGACAAAUACAGAAAGGCUUAAGGUUGAUAUCACAGUAUUUACUGAUGCACUUGCUGGAGGAUCUCCUAUCACAAGGUAUGAAAUCCAGAUUGAUGAUGGAGCCAAUGGACCAUUUACUUCAACUUACACUCUAUCUCCUUCUUUGAUCUACACAAAAGGAAUCUCAAGAGGUGAAGACUAUAGAGUAAGAUACAGAGCAGAGAAUGCAAAUGGUUGGGGUGAGUUCAGUGACACAGCUCUUCUGAAGGCAGCUACUGUUCCAACUAAGCCACCUGCUCCGAUCUACAACCCAACUUUAUCUGACUCUGAUAAGAUCUACCUCGGAUUUGUACCACCAAGUGAUAACGGUGGAUCAGAUGUAACUAACUAUCGCUUGUACAUGGAUCCAGUAGGACCUACAAGUAACCCAACAUUGAUAUAUAAUGGAUCUGCUUUGCUCUAUGAAGUUGACAAGACUACACAUUCUCUGACCCUUGGCACAACAUACAGAUUCUACUUAAUAGCAAAGAAUGACUUUGGAGAUUCUGAGAACUCAGAGGAAACUCGUGCUGCUUUAGGAAACUUCCCAGGAAAACCAGCUUCACCUACGAAAGUAGAAGAGCAAAGCUCCCUCACCUCACUCACAAUUGCAUGGGCAACUGCUACCGAAGUGUACAGUACGCCUAUCAGUGGCUAUUACCUUUAUGGAGAUGGUGGAUUAGGCGGAGCUUUAAGCAAAAUCUAUGAUGGAUCUACUAAACCAAACACAUUGCAAUACACUCUCGGAGGACUUACCACUGGAACUGCAUACAGAUUCGCAAUCUCUGCUUUAAAUGUAAAUGGAGAAUCUGAACUAAGUGACUCUGUCGAAAUCUAUGCUUGUCUGAAACCAGAGCAGUUUGAAACUCCAACCUUAGUGUCAAGUUCAAAGACUUCAGUAAGCAUUGCAUGGACUGAACCGAUUGAUAAUGGAUGCCCAAUCACUUCCUACUCUAUCUUCAGAGAUAAUGGCGGUGGCCAAGCAAUUUCGAUAGAAGUAGAUGCUUCAUCAGUCAACAACAAACCUUCUUUAAGAGAGUAUGCGAUCACUUCAUUGUCACCAGCUGGAUCUACAUUCAGGUUCAAACUCAGAGCUACUAAUGCUGCAGGUUCAACAGACUCUUCUCACUUAAGUGUCAUUUUAGCUUCUGUUCCUGACACUCCAACUGCUGGUCCUACCUCUGACGCUACAGUAACUGAUGACACUCAGAUCAAAGUUGAUUACUCUCCUCUACUUUCAGCAAACAAUGGAGGCAGUACUAUUCUCAGCUAUAGCAUUGAAAUGGACAAUGGUAAUGGAGGCAGCUUUGUAUCCCUCGCAGGAGAAACUACUAAUACUCUACUAACAACAUAUACAAUAACUGUUGGAAUUCAGAGUGGAGUGAUGUAUAGAUUCAGAUAUAGGGCAAAGAACAUUGCUGGAUGGUCUUCAUACUCUCCAAUUACUUACAUUAAAGCUGCUGCAAGACCUGCCAGACCUCCACCCCCUGUCUUUGUUACUGCAGAUGCUACUGGAAUUACUGUUUCGAUUCCUCCCACAACCGAUGCUAAAGGAGCUCCAGUAACUAAGCAUACACUUCAAGUUAAUGCAGGAGGAAGCUCAAAUGUUUACACAGCUGUAGUUACUACAGCAGAACCAGGAUCACAGCAAACUGUUACUGUGGCGAGCACUUUGGUAGCAGCUGGAUCAAUCUAUAAGUUAAGGCAUUUGGCCACGAAUGAGAUUGAGAGCAGUGAUUAUUCUGAUACAAUAGACGCAGGAGUUUCUGACUUCCCUGACAAACCAGCUGCACCUACUGUUUCAAGCUUAGGAACUACCAGCAUAACAAUGCAAUGGAGUGUAAGUGCGGAUAAGCAACUUCCUGUUGUUGGAUAUCAACUCUUCAUGGAUGACGGAUAUGGAGGAGAUGAAACAAUUAUCUAUGAUGGAAACAACUUCCCAAAUGUAAGGACUUAUACUGCAACCGGACUAACUAGAGGGCUUGUCUAUUCCUUCAGAGUUACAGCUCUUAACUUUAAUGGAGCUAGUGAAAUGAGUGAUGCUUCAAGUGUCACUUUCUGUUCUGAUCCUACUGGGCUAAAUGCUCCAAUCCUUCUCUCUUCUACUGAAACUUCAUUAACUCUUCAAUGGUCUGCUCCUAAAGAUGAUGGAGGCUGUCCUGUUCUUGAAUACAUACUAUUGAGAGAUGAUGGAAGUGGUACUGCUGCUCCUGUUACUACUGUUGUUGAUGCAUCUUCAUUCACAGGUGAGCCUUCAAAGAGAGAACAUACUGUAUCAUUUGCUGCUACAGAGACGUCUAAAUCAUUUAAGUUCCAGCUUAAAACAACUACCAUCACUGUUGUGAGUUCAGAAAUUGUUACAUUUAUGCUUGCUGCUACUCCUGAUAGUCCAACUAGUGCACCAACUUCCGACAAUACUCAGUCUUCUGGAUCCCAGAUCAAGGUAGACUAUGUUGGACUAACCACUGCUGAGAAUGGAGGUAGUGAUAUCACUUCCUACGAACUCCAAAUGUACAAUCAAGAUACAUCUUCUUGGGAAUCAUUGAUUGGAAACUUAAGUGAUCCUUCAUUGAGUAACUCCUACAUCGUCUCAUCUAACUUAAUUAUGGGAGAAACCUAUCAGUUCAGAUAUAGAGCUUACAACAUCAAUGGAGCUGGAGGAUGGUCCAACGUUGGAUAUCUUGUUGCUGCUGAGGAGCCAUCUCAACCAUCGGCUCCAGAAUAUGUUUCAAGUAGUGACACUUCAGUAACUCUCAGCUUCAGACCUCCCUUAAGUGAUGGAGGGUCAAUUAUAACAGAUUAUGUGCUGCAGUAUUCCCCAUUCACUGUAUUGAGUUGGAGUAAUGUGACUACUUACACUGACAACUCUAUGACUCACACUGUAACUACUACUUCAGGAUUAGUAGCCGCUCAUCAAAAGUACAGAUUCAGGAUAUAUUGAGUAAAUGCUUUUGGAACCUCAGAUCCUUCAAGUGAAGUUGUACUUGCAAUAGCUAGUCUUCCCUCUAAACCAGAUCCACUUACUAAGGAUCAAGCAGGAAGUUCUCAGACUAGCAUUAAGGUGCAGUGGAGUUCACUCACAGAUACAGAGGCAGUCACUGGCUACCUGGUCUAUAUGGCUGACAUCUCAAGUAGUGGAGACUACAAAUUGAUAUAUGAUGGUUCAGCUAACCCAAUCAGAUUGACUUACACAGCUCUCUUGUUAACACCAGGAAAAUCCUAUGGAUUCAAACUUCAAGCGAUUAACUUCAAUGGAAAAGGUGAACUAAGUGAUGAAGCUAUAUUUGUAUCAUGUGAAGACCCAAUAGGCUUAGAUCCUCCAACAGUUGUCGAUGUAACUGAGACAACAAUUACUCUUACAUGGGGUCCACCUGAUGAAACAGGAGGAUGAAGCACAACAGGAUAUAGCUUAUGGGUGGACAGUGGUCCUGGAACUUCUCUUGCAGUCACUGAUGCUUCGAAUAUUCAAGACAAACCAUACUUAAGAAGAUACACUAAGACUUUUGCAAGUUCAGAGACAGGAAAGAGCUUUAGAUUCAGACUUCAAGCUUUCAACGGUGUUGGAAACGUUCUUAGUUCAAUCAUCUCAGUCGUGUUAGCAGACGAGCCAGCAACACCUACUACUGGACCAGCUUUAGUACAAGCUGAUACAAAUGCAUUCCAAAUUGGAGUUUCAUGGACUGCAGUAGCAACAACAGGAGGAUCUGACAUUACUUCAUAUGAAUUGCAAUUAAGUCCUCCAGAUGCAAUUGAAUGGAUUUCACUUAUUGGUUUUGAUAGAGCUUACCUUGAUACCUCAUACAUUGCAAUUAGUAAUAUCACAAAGGGAAGAGAUCACAGGUUUAGGUAUAGAGCUCAGAAUGCAGCUGGAUGGUCUGAAUUCUCACCUAUUUCAUUCAUCAGAGCUGCCACUGUUCCAGAUGCACCAGGAAAACCAAUACUUAAAGCAAGAAGUUCUACUUCGAUUACCAUUGGAAUGAGUCAGACACUUGAUGACGGAGGAAGCCCUGUACUUGCUAACAAACUAUACAUUGGAGGUCUGAAUGAUCCCUUUAGCUCCUUUACCCUUGUUGCAGGAUAUGAUGGAUCUUCUACAGAAUACAUAUUCAACACUACAGAUACUCCGGCUUACAUAACUACAGGAACUAUCUAUAAAGUAUCCUAUAUUGCAAAUAACUUCUUUGGAGAUUCUGAGUAUGCCACUGAAUUAACUAUCGGAGUUGGAAAUCUGCCACCUGCUCCAAACAAUCUAGCAGAUGCUUCCACAAGUUCAGAUCCUAGCACUAAGACAAUUUCUUGGGAUGAAGUGACUACUUCUGCCUUGCCAAUUCUUGGAUAUAUUGUCCAAAUGGAUGAUGGUCUAUCUGGUGAUUUCUCAACUGUGUAUAAUGGAGAGACCAAUCCUCAAGUGCUAACAUAUACUGCUGAAAACCUUGAACCUGGAAGAAAUUACCAGUUUAAAGUCCAGGCUGUCGACAUCAACGGACCAGGAACUGAGACUUCACCAUUAACCAUUGCUGCCUGUGUUAAGCCAUCAGGACUAGAAAGACCAACUAUUACGAGCAUCUCUGGCACAAGCUAUACUGUCAGAUGGAACAGUGCUUCCAAUGAUGGUGGAUGAGCAGUGACAAGUAUCACUAUUUACAGAGACGAUGGGAAUGGAUCAGACCUCUCUACCUCAGUCCAAGUUAUCACAGAUGGAAGCUUAAGUUAUACAGAUACUUCUGGAACAGUUGUUCAAGGCAACACAUAUAGAGUUGCAGUGUCUGCAACAAACAGCAUUGGAACUGUCUCGAGUAGUGCAACAAGCUUUGUACUUGCAGACCUACCUGCUACUCCAACUCCCAAGCCAAGCUCAGACUCUGAAGUCACAAAUAUUUCCCAGAUAAAAGUGGACUUUGAGAACACAAAUACCGAUACUGGAGGAGCACCACUUUUAGAAUAUUGUUUACAAAUGGACGAUGGAUUAGGUGGUGUCUUCACAGAAAUAUUCUGCUCUACUCAUAAGACUUCAUACAUUGUAUCGAAUGUGACAAGAGGACAGAACUACCGUUUCAGGUAUAGAGUUAGGAAUGCAGCAGGAUGGAGCCCAUACUCUGAAACAUCAUACAUCACACCAUCUUCUAAGCCAGAGCCUCCUCCUAAACCUUUGUUUAGCUCGGGAAGUGAUACUCAAGUAGUCUUAACAUUUGGAGAAAGUCCUGAUGAUAAUGGAGUUCCGAUUAGCUCUUACUUACUUCAAAUUGAUGCUGGAGAUAACCUCACUUCGACCUUCUCAGAUGUGACAGGCUAUGGAGGAACAGCAAUGUCAUUCACAUUAGGUUCAGCACAUGGACUCGGCUCAGCAGGCACUCUGCACAGGGUUAGAAUGGCAGCAAUCAAUGCAGAUUCAGUACAAAGUGAUUAUAGUGAGACACUACUAUUUGCUGUUGGAGCACUUCCUUCCAAGCCAGAUCUUCCUACCAAAGAUUUAGAUGGAUCCUCUGAGAACACUAUUAAGGUGGUCUGGAAUGAAGUCUCAGGAGAUACCCUGACAAUACAAGGAUAUAAGCUUUAUGUAGACUCUGGAAGAGCUGACGAAUUCAGCCUCAUCUUUGAUGGAUCAAACUCUCCAGGAAUCAGAGAAUACUUGUUCACAAAUGCAGAUCCUGAUUUGACUUAUAGGUUCAGAGUCAAAGCAAUAAAUAUUAAUGGUGAUGGACCGGAUUCUAACAUUGCUUCCUUGACCCCAUGUACAACAAUAUCUGGAUUUGCAUCACCCACUAUCCUCUCAGUGACUUCUACAACAGUAACAAUAUCUUGGAAAGAGCCAACCUGGAAUGGCGGAUGUAGAAUCACAGGAUAUGGAAUCUUCUGGGCUCCUGAAGGUGGUUCAUUUACUGAAUACGAUCCAACAAGUAUCAAUGGAAAGCCAUUCUUAACUAAAUACACAAUUGACCUUUCAUCGCAGACUGUUGGUAAUGUCUACCAGGUCAAGGUUGCUGGGACUAACAAUGCUGGAAGUAUAGAUUCUGAUACAGUUUCAUUCAUUCUAGCCUCACCUCCAGAUAAACCUGAUAUUGCUACUUCAACAUCAAAUGGAAAAGACUUAACUAUUACAAUGACUGCUCCCGCUAAUGGUGGCUCUGUUAUUAUCACAUAUGAACUACAGAUUGAUCUAGGCAAUGGCUUUGAGACCUUUGCUGGAGGGGAUGUUAACCAUACACUUACUCUAAGUCAUACUGUUUCAAGUACUUCAUUGGCCACAGGAGAUAGAUACCGUGUACAAUAUAGAGCAAAGAACAAAGUAGGUUGGAGCGAUUGGAGUGAUAUUGCUUACUUACUAGUUGCUGGAGUUCCUUCUACUCCUCCAGCUCCUACUUUGUCAGCUGUGCAAGCAGGAAAUAUAACGAUAAACAUUCACAGUGUUGAAAGUGACAAUGGAUCCCCUGUAUCCAAAUAUAAUGUCUACAUAGAUUCAGGAGACUUUGCUUCAGAAGUUACAACUUUACAUGGCUUCUCAUCUUCAGGUGAUGUAACUUACGAAAUCUCAAGCUUGACUGCAGGAGCAAUCUACAGAAUUGGAAUUGUAGCAGUCAAUGAAGCUGGAAGCUCAGAGAUGAGUCUUCUAGGAAUGUUUGCAGCCUCCUCAGCCCCAUCUGCUCCAAGUACAUUGACUAAAGACAGAACACUUUCAACAGAGAACUCUAUUGCUUUAAGUUGGAGUAAAGUAAGUGAAACAGGCAAAACAGUCUAUGGAUAUAUUGUCACAAUGGCAAUCUCAGGAAGCAGUAACUUUGUGACUGUUUAUGAUGGUUCUACAAAUGCACAAACAUUAAGCUGUGUCGUUGGAGGUCUCGCUACCGGAGAGGAAUAUAAGUUCAAGGUCAAGACUGUUGGAUUCAAUGGACCAGGAGCAGAUAGUGCUGUCUACACCUUCAGAUCAUGAGUCGCUCCAAGUGGAUUCAACGCUCCAACUGGUACCAGCGGAGUCUCAUCGAUCACGAUCGAGUGGCAAGAACCUACAGACAACGGAGGAUGUCCAGUCACUGGAUACGCUAUUUACAGAAACGAUGGAGACCUGACUGAACCUACUACAGAAGUUGUGCCUUCAAAUGAUGCUACAAUCAGAACUAACCCUUCUUUGAGAACAGCAACUAUCGGCUCAUUCCCUGCAAGUCCUGAAGGCUUAACAUUCCUCAUCAUUGUCCAAGUGAUCACUGACGAAACUACUGUAAAGUCACCUGCGAUCAGCAUCAAACUAGCAGGAGUACCUGACCAGCCAAGUAGUGCACCUACUCUCAUCCAAUCAGAGACAGAUACCAGUAGAAUUACUGUAGAGCUAGGAACUGUAUCUAAUAGUGGAAAUGAUCCAAUUGUGACUUAUAAUCUACAGAUCGAUGACGGUGAAAGUGGUGAGUUCAGGAAUGUUGCCGGAUAUACCACUCGUUCUCUCCAAAGGACUCAUACUAUAACUGAAGGAAUUACUAGAGGUAAGAACUAUAGGAUCAGAUACAGAGUUGGAAAUACUGUUGGGUGGUCUGACUUCUCUGCUAACUUGGUUGCGAAAGCUGCCACUAUUCCUGUUGCACCACCAAGACCAACUUUGAUGAGCUCGAAUUCAGCUUUGAUACAACUGAAUCUCUUUGAGAGUUUAGAUAAUCAAGGAUCUCAAAUAGAACGUUAUGAACUUUGGAUGAAUACUGGAGUUGAUGGAUCUAUAUUCUCAGCGAUUCUAAAUACAACUACUUUGCCUUCGACUUAUGAUGUGACAAAUGCUCUUCAUUCUAUUGCUUCAGGAUCAAUCUACACUUUCAAGAUAAGAGCUAAGAAUGAAAUUGAUUACUCUGUAUAUAGUCCUGAAGUUAGAUUCGCUGCUGCUGAAUUGCCUGGAGCAAUGUCUGCACCGACAAAGGUCACUGCAAGCUCUAACUCAACUCACAUUACAGUUGCAUGGAGUGCUGCCACAGCUACUCAAAUUCCCAUCAACAAUUACAGGCUGUACAUGUCUUAUAACGCUGAUGACUAUGUCCUAAUCUAUGAUGCAAAUCUGAAUACACUAAAGAGAGAGUAUGCAUUCUCAGAUCAUUUACAAGUUGGAGGGCUGUAUAGUUUCAAGGUGUCAGCAAUGAACUUAAAUGGAGAGGGAGACUUAAGUCCAGUACUUAACGUCCAUGCUUGCAAUGCUCCUUCCCAGCCUGCAGCUCCAACAAGAGUGACCUCAACUACAACUACAAUAACUCUAAACUGGACGCCUCCUUCUUCAGAUGGAGGUUGUUCAAUCACCGGGUAUAGUCUUCUUACAGAUACUGGAACAGGAGGAGCUGCUUCUACAGAAGUAGAUACUGCACUAAAUACUAGCCCAGAGACACUUAGCAAAGUUGUAACUCUUUCAUCAAGCUUGACAGGAAGUUGGAUCAGGUUUAGAGUGACUGCAUAUAAUGAUGAAGGUGAAAGUACAAGUAAGACAGUCCAAUUUGUAUUGGCAGAAACACCUACUGCUGCUUCUGCAGCAAUUACCGAAGUAACUCUUGAGACUACAGACACACAGAUUGUUGCUCAAGGAACUGAAAUAGUCUCUCCUCAAAAUGGUGGGUCUAGUAUAACAGGAUAUGAAUUCCAAGUUGACGAUGGAGAUCUAGGAGAAUACACAACUGUUCAAGGAGGAGAAGAUGAAAGGUCUCUUGCUAUCAAAGUCACUAUUACUGAAGGAAUCAUUAAAGGAAAAAGCUAUAGAGUCAGAUACAGAGGAAUCAACUCAGUAGGAGAAGGUUUAUGGAGUGACCCUGUCACCAUAAUUGCAUCGACUGUUCCUGCAAGACCUGAGAUUCCAACUAUUACCUCUACUUCGAACACAUCAAUUGUCCUUGCCUUCACAGCUGUUACUGAUAACGGAGGGCAAGAUCUCGAUCGUUAUGAAGUGUAUGUGUCGAACAGUGGAGUUUCUCUGUCAACAUUCACAAAUGAUUCGUCCUACGAUGGCUCAUCUAUGGCUUACAGCUUCGAUCCAGGAACACCAGCCGGAAAGACUUAUGGAUUCAAGAUUAGAGCAAUCAACCCAAGAGGAGAAUCUGACUUUAGUGAAAUAGUUUAUGCAGCUGCAGGUAUAGCACCAGCAACACCAGCAGUUCCUGUACACAGCUUGAGUGGUUCAAACAGAACACAUGUCAAGAUUACUUGGACUGAAGGGACUUCUCAAGAUAUUCCAGUGCUUGGAUAUAGACUUUAUGCAGAUGAUAAGAGGAACGGAGAAUUUGAAGUAGUUUACAAUGGGUAUGGUAAUCCUAAUGUUCUGUCUUAUGUCCACGGACCACUAGAGACAGGUGAAACUUAUCAAUAUUACUUAGAAGUUCUUAACUUCAAUGGACCAUCAAGUCCAUCCACAAUACUUCCCGUAAAUGUAUGUGAAGCUCCCUCAGGAAUGUCCUCAUUAGAGAAGAUUAGUUCUUCGAACACUGAGAUCAAGAUUGCUUGGCAACCACCUUUAGACGAUGGAGGAUGACCAAUCACCUCUUAUGAGCAAUACUCAGAUGAUGGCGCAGGCGGAACUAUUACUAUUGAAACAUCAAGUAUCUCAAGUACUACUCUAGAAGCAACACUCGAUAGAACAUCAAAUGCUGGAAAGACAUAUAGACUCCAAGUCUAUGCCCAUAAUGCAGUAGGACAUGUCAAGAGCAACAUCAUUAGUGUUGUUGCUGCUACAGUUCCUGGAGAUCCAACAGUUGCUCCAACUAUUGUUCUUUCAGAUACAAAUGAGAAGCAAAUUACUGUUCAAAUCACAGCUAUAUCCUCUACUUCUCCAGUGACAAGUUAUGAGCUACAGAGAGACAAUGGAUCUGGAGGUAGUUUCUACACAGUCAGAGGUGGAGAUGAUUCACCAAGUCUUUCUACAACCUUUACGAUUACAGCUGAUAUCACUCGUGGAGUCGCCUACAGAUUCAGGUACAGAGCCAGGAACGUUGUUGGGUGGAGUGCCUGGAGUCCUAUUGCUUCACUGUCUGCAUCAACUGUGCCAGAAGCUCCACCAAGGCCUACUUAUGUUUCAUCAACCAAUGAUACGAUAGAUUUAGCAUUCGCAAGAAGUCAAGAUAACGGAGGAAGUCUUAUCACUAACUACGAGCUCCAGGUUGAUGGUGUCACGAUUACAGAUUAUAGCUAUAGUACUGAUGGAUACUCUUACCAAGUUGACAGAACUACUCUCACAGUUCCUUCAGUGACUUUAACCACAGGCCAAGUAUAUAGAUUCAAAGCUAGAGCCCAGAAUGCUAAUGGAUAUUCUCUAUGGAGUCAGCCAACAUCUAUAGCCUUUGCACCUAAACCAGCUGCUCCUACAGGUCUAGCAAGAGCUACAACUGGUAACUCAGAGACAAGCAUUUCCCUCACUUGGGGAUCUGUAACAGGAGAAGCAUUACCUGUAUUACAAUAUAUUCUCUACAUGAAUGAUGGUUCAAAUUCUGGAAACCAAGAAAUUUACAAAGGAAGUAGUACUACAUUUACAUUCACGAAUGCUACUAGAGGAAGCAAAUACACCUUCUAUGUUUCUGCAGAGAACUUCAAUGGAGAAGGUACUCUGAGUAGCGGAGUUACUCUUACUUCCUGCAUUGCUCCUUAUGGAGUUUAUCCUCCAGCCUUAGUUCAGUCUACCUCAACAAGUCUAAGGAUAAGUUGGCAAUCACCUAUGAGUGAUGGAGGAUGUGAAAUUACUAGCUUUGGACUUCUUAGAGAUGAUGGAGCUUCUGGAAAUAUUGUGACUGUAGUUGACUCAGCUAACAUUGCAAAUAAGCCAAGUCUCUUUGAGUACACUGCUGAUAUGUCAGCUUUCACAGGCAAACGAGUGAGGUUCAAACUGACUGCAAGCAACACAAUUGACACAGUAGUUUCGACAACAGCAAGCACUGGAUAUCUGGCUGCACUUGUUGCUGGAGUACCACCACAACCUUCACAAAUUACUGCAACGGCUAGUGAUACCUCAGGAUCUCAAAUUGGAUUCGCCAUUCCUGAAGUAACUGAUGAUGGAGGUUCAUACAUUGCUACUUACCAUGUUGAAAUGGAUGAUGGCCAAGGAGGUGACUUCCAGUCAAUCUCAGGAUAUCCUACAGACUCAUUGAAGACUGACUUUGUUAUCACUUCUGGAAUUCAGAUGUCAAGAACAUAUGCUGUGAGAUACAGAAUGAGAAACACUAUUGGUUGGAGUCUUUACUCUGAUGUGACUUAUAUCUUAGCAGCAGAAGCACCAUCAGAUCCAAGUUCGCCAACAUACGUUAGUUCAACCUCUUCUCAGCUAGUACUAAACUUUGGAACUUCUUACUCUAACGGAGGAGCUGAUAUUACAGUGUAUCAGAUGCAAGUUGAUAAGGAAGAUGGAAAUGGAUAUGUUAACCUCGGAACUUACACUGCUACUACGACGCAACAAACUUUGAUUAUUGAUAAUACAGAUGUAAAUGCUCUUCAGCCAGGAUAUGUCUACAGGUUCAGAUCCUUUGCCAUGAACUCUGCCUUGUUCACUAGCUACAGCCAAGAGCUAAGGAUAGCAGCUGCAGAACUGCCUGCUCAACCGACACCAGCACCUGCAUGGGUUGAAGAGUUAAGCACUAGAACUUCUAUUGGAGUCAGUUGGAAUGAAGUAGCAGCAACUCAAAUUCCUACAACUGGCUAUAAGCUAUUCCGUGAUGGAGGAAACGAUGGAAAUUAUACCCUGAUCUACGAAGGUACCAAUAGACCAGGCCAGAGGACUUAUAUAUCUAAAGGAUUAGUUACUGGAAAGUACUAUAAAUUUAAGGUCCUGGCUUUGAACUUUAAUGGAGAGGGACCUGAAAGUGACGAAUCUCUUAUACCAGCUUGUUUACCUCCUCUUUCUUUGAAUCCUCCUGUCUACUCAAGUGGUACUGCAACAACAAUCGUGUUAGAAUGGAGCCCACCAAGUGACUUAGGUGGCUGUGAAUUAGUCGGAUUCAAUCUUUAUCAGGGUACUACAUCAGAUUCUGUAUUGACAACUGAAGUUGAUACAACUCUAAAGACAAAUCCUUCAGCUAGAGCAAAGACAGUCACAUUUACUACAUCAGAUAAAGAAGCAAUCACUGAUGCAGGAUCAGUGAAAAGUGGAACCAUCGAGGUUGUCCUCUCUGGUACUCCUGUUGCUCCUACUGCAGGACCAGCCAAGAUUGCAAGCCAAACAAAUGAUACUCAUAUUACAGUAGAAGUCUUAAAUACAGCACAAGAUUUGAAUGGAGGAACUCUCGAAAAGAUACAAGUACAAGUAGAUCAGGGAGGAGAUGGAAACUACACAGACAUUAGUUGCUCUGACACUGCAUGCAUUAGCUCUAUCUUUACUGUAUCAGAAGGCAUUGUUGCUGGAAAAGUAUACCAAUUCAGAUAUAGGAUUAUGAACGAAAACGGCUGGAGUGAUUACUCUCCUGUGACAAAGAUAGCUGCAGCUACUACUCCUUCAUCACCUCCAAGACCAACAGUUGUAUCAGCUAAUUCUACUCACAUCGAACUCUCAUUCUCUCGGCCAGAAUACAACGGAGGUGCUUCAAUCACAAAGUAUGAGCUGUAUGUCAAUGGAUGAGACCAAGCAAGUGAGCCUACAACUAUAGUUGCUGGGUACACAGAUAAUAGCAUGUCUUACACAAUUGCAAGAGCAGACCUUACAUCUCUGAGUGGUGGAGAAAUCUGUGCUUUCAUGUUCAGAGCCACUAAUGCAGAAACCAUGACAGCUGACUCAGCUGCUCUCUCAGUUGCAUUUGCAGAUCAAGCAACCACUAUAAGCACUCCUGCUAAGGAUUCCUCAAAGUCUUCCAGUACAAGUAUUGCUAUUAGUUGGGCUGAAGUGGCUGGAACUCAGACUCCUGGAGGAAGCAUCACUGGUUUUAGAGUCAACAUGAGGAAAGCAAACGGCGGAUCAAAGACGGUCGUAUAUGAGAAGACUAACCUUAAAACUGUCAGAUCUUAUAUAGCAGAAAGCUUAGAGAGUGGAGAGGAUUAUAUCUUCUCUAUCCAAGCUUACCAAUUCAAUGGUUGGACUGAUGAGAGUACAGAAGUAACAAUUAAAGCAUGAGGUACUCCUAGCUUAUUGGAUCCUCCAAUCGUUGUAACUCCUUCAUCUACUCAGUUUGAACUUCAAUGGUCUCCACCAAUGUACUGAGGCGGAUGUAGCGUGGUAGAAUACAAUCUAUACAUGGACGAUGGAGCUGGAGGUAGCUUAGUCGAGAUUGAUAACUCAGCAGUUAGUGGAAAACCUACCUUGUCAUCUCAUAUUGUGAGUAGUUCCACAAUUGGUACUGGGAAUGAAGGAAAGACAUUUAUGUUCCAACUUAAGGCAACAACUGAAGGAGGAGAGAUAACUAGUGAUAUUGUAGGUUUCACACUCUCAGAUGUACCAACAGCUCCUACAAGUGCUCCAACUUCUGACACUACAGUUACGAAUAACACGGCCAUCAAAGUUAAUGUAGGUAUCAUCACAGCCACCAACGGAAGUCCAAUCGAAAGCUACAGCAUCGAAGUUGAUGAUGGAACCGGCGGAGAUUUCAUGGUACUCUAUGGAGUAGAUACUGAUUCCCUUUCAGUAACUUAUACAACAUACAAUGUCACAGAAGGACAAACUUAUAGGUUCAGAUACCGGUCUAAGAAUGCUGUCGGAUGGAGUGGAUAUUCACCUGUUGCUUACAUCAAAGCUUACACCACCCCUUCUGCACCUGCUGCUCCUGAAUUAUUAUCAGCGACAAAUGAAACUAUUAGUCUAUCUUUGAACUAUGCAACUGAAAACAAUGGAGGAAUUAUUACAACUCAUGAACUCUAUAGAGAUGCUGCUGAUAAUGGAGCAACAGAGAGUCAAAUAACCUCUUAUGAUCAAUCAACUCCUUUCUCAGUGACUAAGACUAAUGAAGCAGCUAUGGUAGUUGGACAAGUAUAUCAGUUCAAGUUCAGAGCAGUUAAUGGAGCUGGAAAUGGAGAGUUUAGUCCAAGCAUAUCUGUUGCUUUAGCAAGAUUACCUGAACAGCUGAAUGCACCAACUCAUGUGAAAGCUCAAAGCAGUCAGAAUAAGAUUGUCAUAAAUUGGACUCCAAAUACAGAUAGAGAUUCACCUGGAGGAGAUGUAACCAAAUUCAAAGUCUAUAUGGCUGAGGGAUCAGGAGGAACUUUCAACAAUGUCUACACAACUUCCUCAGCAUCUGUUACUUACUAUGGUAUUUCUGGACUAACUCCUGGCAAGCUGUAUCGCUUCAAGGUUUCAGCAGUCAACUAUAAUGGAGAAGGGCCAGUUAGUGAUCUUACUUCAAUUUAUGCAUGUGAAGCAGUACAAGGAAUCGGUGCUCCAAGUUUCACCUCUUCAACAACUUCUCAAAUGGUUGUUUCUUGGGAACCUCCCACAUUUGAUGGAGCAUGUCCUGUUAAGAGCUAUGCCUUAUUCAUUGAUGAUGGAUCAAGUGGACCAAAUGAGGUUAAUACAGCUAAUUAUGAAGAGACCACACUUCGCUCAGCAGCAAUUACCUCAUUGACCUCAGCUGAUCUUGGCACUGAUUAUACCUUAAAACUACAAGUUGAAACUGAGUUCGGAACUUAUGAUUCUGAAAGUGUUGUUAUCCGAUAUGCAAUAAUUCCUCCAAAACCAGCAUUAGCUCCUGCCGAAGACUCUAGUACAUCAAUCACACAAGUUAUUGUCACCUUCUCGAGUACUGACACUGGAGGAAGUCCCAUCUUGGGCUACCAUUUGCAAUACAGAAAACAAGAGAAUGGCACUUAUACUGACUUGAUCCCUGCUGGCAAUAGUAUGGCAACAGCAUAUACUUUGACAAAUGUUACAGUUGGUCAGACUUAUGUCUUCAGAUUCAGAGUGAGAAAUAUGUAUGGAUGGAGCGAUUUCUCAGAUGAAGGUACAGCUACUGCUUCUCAAGCUCCUGCCCAAGCACAGAAAGUGACUGUGACAUCUUACUCAAAUACCAAUAUAGUGCUAAGCCUUGAGCUCAGUGUUGACAAUAUGGGAAGUGACAUUACUAGUUAUGAACUCUACUGGGCUACAGGAUCCUCACCAACUGCUUUUACUCAGAUUACUACAUAUGAUGGAACCUCCAGCGCAUUUACACUUCCAAACGGAGCAUUCACUAUAACUGCUGGAGCUAUCUAUAAUUUCAAAUUUGCAGCUAGAAAUGUAAGAGGACUGGGAGAACUUAGUGACAUCACUAGCAUUGCUGCAACUCCUCUAUUAGCUGCUCCUACAGGACUUACUAGUACGAUCGACUCUAGGUCAAACAGUAGGAUUCUCUUGUCUUGGUCUGCUUCAACACCUGUUUACACACCAGGAGACACAAUCCUCGGAUACAGAUUGCAUGUUUACAACACAGCGACUUCUGAUUAUGAGAAAAUAUUUGAUGGAAAAGAGAGUACAAGUCCUUCACAAACAACAUUCUCAUACUCUUCUGUAACCGAAGGAGUGGAGUAUAGGUUCAAAGUUUCAGUACUCACUUUCAAUGGUGAGAGUCCUUUGUCAAAUUCCUAUUCAACCUACGCUUGUGCUCCUCCAAGUGGAAUGCCAGUCCCAACAAUUGAAACAGUGACACUUUCAAACAUUGAUAUCUCCUGGAGUCCUCCCACUAAUCAAGGGGGAUGUGCAAUCACUGGAUAUGCAGUAUACCUUGAUGCAGGAAGCGGAUACAAUGAAGUUAACUCAGCAAAUGAUGCAGCAAUCAGGAACAAGCCUGAACUCAGAAAUCUGUUGAUUACAGCUCUUGGAGGUGCAUCUUCUGGAUCAACAGUCAAAGUUAAAGUUACUGUUUUCAAUAGUGUUAGUAGCUCUGAUAGCCCAUCUAAAUCAGUAUUGAUUGCCACAGUCCCUGCUACUCCUACAACAUUAGUCACAAGAGUUGAUGCAGAAAGUGAUCAGAGUCAGCUUACAGUUCAGUUCACAGCUCUUACUACCUUAGAAGAGAACGGAUCUGGAAUAAUCAGUUAUUCGUUAGAACUUAGAGAAGGAACAACUGGGGAAUUUCAAGUUUACUCAGGAGCAAAUGGCAUCUCAUCAAUGAUGACUAAAUUCUCAAUUACUUCUCCAUGGGUUACUAAGGGCAACACUUAUGGCUUCCGCUUCAGAGCAAAGAAUGCAUACGGAUGGAGUGACUACUCAACUAUUUCCUACCUCACGAUGUCAGGAGUUCCAGAGAAGCCAGCUGAUUUGAUACUGACAUCAUUCUCUUCAUCCCAAAUUGUCAUUCAGAUUCCUCCUGUCUCGGAUGAUGGUGGUUCGCCUAUUACUGGCCUUGUGUUCAAGUAUGCAGAUGGCCUCUCGUCAAGCUCAUUCAGCACAUUCGGAGCAUGUACUUCACCUGAUUCGAGUUGUACACUAGCACUUACGACCGGGCAUAUUUACAAAUUCAAGUACAUAGUCCAGAACAUUCAUGGUGACUCUGAAGAGUCAAAUGUCCUUCUUGUUGGUCAAGUAGAUAAGCCUGCUCAAAUUACAAAUGUGAAAAAGGUUGACUCUCUUUCAACUACAACACAGAUUGGUCUUACUUGGGAUUUGUUAGCAGAUACCAAUACUCCAGCAGGUGUAAUCAGAGGAUACAGAGUAUACAUGGUAGACCCAAGUGUUUCAGAAACAGAACAGCUUGUAUAUGAUGGCAAUGGAUUUUCACAGACUAACACAGCUAUUAUAAGUGGACUUACAGAAGGAAAAGUGUACAGAUUCUCUGUUGCAGCAAUAGAUUUCACAGGGCUAUAUGCCACAGAUAAUUGUCCAACAUGAACAGGAGAAGGAGUGAGAUCUACUGAGAUUGUCAAGUAUGCUUGUGUUGCACCGAGUGGAAUUCCUAGACCACAAAGAGUAUCAUCAACUAGCUCUCAAAUUUUAGUCAGUUGGGGUAGUGUUACAAGUACGGGUGGAUGCCCAAUUACAGGAUAUGCUGUAUUCAGAGAUGCCGGUGAUAAUACAGACGCUAUUACAGAAGUCAAUUCAGACAACGAUUCAGCUGUUAGAGACAAGCCAAGCUUGCAUGAACUAACUGUCACAUCAUUCCCAUCUUCUAGCGAAGGAAAAUCAUUUAAGUUCAGAAUUCAAGCAUUUAAUGUAGAAGGAUCAUCUUAUUCUGAGACAUCUUCAAUAGUUCUGGCUGGAGUGCCAGCAAAGCCAACUAUUGCUCCCACAGAAGAUACUACGAUCACAAGCACUUCUAGAAUUGGAAUCACUAUUGCAGAAUUAUCCACAACAGCAGAGAAUGGUGGUUCAGUUAUCUUGACUUAUGAAAUUGCUAUUCAAAUUAAUGGAGUAUGGUCUGUAGUUCAGAACUCAACCAGCACUAGUGUCACUGUAAUGUCAAACAUCGAAGAAGGAAAGACAUAUGGAGUAAAAUACAGAGGAUACAACAUCAUUGGUCCAGGAGAGUACUCAGAUGUCACUUAUAUCAUUGCAGCUAGCAUUCCAUCUACUCCAAACGCACCAACUCUUGGAACAGUCGACUCGACUCAAAUAGCUUUAGAGUUCACUCCAUCUGCAGAUAAUGGUGGAAUGCCUGUACUACACUAUGAGUUGAGACAGGAAACUGAGUCAACCUCAGCAAUUGCAUUAGUGGCUGGCUAUGUGACAAACUCAUUUACUAUGUCUUAUACUUUGACACCUGUACCAGAUUCUCUAACUGUAGGAGAGAUCUAUACCUACUCAAUUAGAUCGAACAACACUAAAGGAUAUAGCGAAUGGAGUGAAGGAGUUAUGGUUUCUCUACAUGAUCCCCCAGCAACAGUCCCAACUAUCACUGUUGACAGAGCAUUAAGUAGUUCCACAAGCUUAUACUUCUCUUGGACCCUUGUCUCUGAUGGAACUUUGGAAGGAGGAAAGAUAACUGGAUAUGAACUCCAAAUUGACGAUGCAGGUCUUGGUAACUAUCAGACAAUCUAUUAUGGAGUCGGACAACCACUAAGGGCUUACUUCUUAAAGACAGGGUUAACCUCAGCAGCUACUUAUAACUCAAGAGUAAGGUCCUACAAUUUCAAUGGAGCAGGAAGCUGGAGUUCUAUCUUUUCAUUUGAAGUAUGCUCAGCUCCUAAUGGGUUAGCUCAACCAGCUGUUUCUGCAGUGACUAAGACUACCAUUACAAUACAGUGGAGUCCUCCAACGAGUAAUGGUGGAUGACCAAUAACUGGAUAUGCAGUGUUUGUUGAUGAUGGUAUCGAUGGAAGCUUUGUUGAAGCCAACUCUGAUAAUGAUGCUAAUGUUAGAAGUAAACCAACUCUUAAUGAACUUGUGAUUACAAGAGUACCUUCAUCGAGUGAGGGUAGAAGAUUCAGAAUGUACAUGAAGGUCUUUAACUCAGUUGGAGAGUUCUCUAGUCCAAUUACUUCGACUAUCUUGGCCACUGUUCCGGAUGCUCCACCUGUGCCAACACUUGUGACUGCUCUCAGUGAUGAUACAAAGAUAACAAUAGACUUAAGCAGUUUCCCAACUUCGAGCAAUGGAGGAUCAACGGUAACCUCAUAUGAAAUCCAAAUGGCAACUGGCCCAACUGCACCUUAUGUAUCUCUUGUAGGAGUAGAAUCACCAUUCACUGCCUUAACAUACACACAGACUGCUGGAAUAGCUAAGGGACAGACCUAUAGGUUUAUCUACAGAGCGAAGAAUGUGCAUGGAUUUGGAGCAUUCUCUCCAGAAUUAGAAGUAUUAGCUGCAACUGUUCCAAAAGCACCAAGUAAGCCAAUUCUCGUUUCAGUCAACUCCACCUACAUAAGCCUGAGCUUCAAGGUAACCGAGGACAAUGGUGGAAGUCUUGUGACAGCCUAUGAACUUUGGAGAGACUCAGGAACUGAAGGUAGUGCCUUCUCAAAUAUGUCAAGUUAUGUUUACUCCACAAAUGGAUUCACUUUUGAUGUAUCCGUUGCAACUGAAUCAUUAACUGUUGGAAAGUUCUACAAGUUCAAAUACUUAGCUGAAAAUGCUAAAGGCAGAAGUGAAUUAUCCAAUGCAUUGACAGUUCCAUUGGCUGACGUACCCGCAACACCUUCAAGCCUCUCACUGGCAGCUGCUUCUAAGACAAGUGUGCUAGUAGAAUGGGUAGCAUCUGCCUCAACAGGAACUCCUGCUGGUGAUAUCCUUGGCUACAAAGUUUAUAGAGAUGAUGGACUUUCAGGAGACUUUACUCUAAUCUACGACGGAUCUAAUAUAGCCACUGUGAGAAGUAUCACUACUACUUCGAUAAUAGCAGGAAGACAAUACAUGUUCAAGCAUUCAGCAGUAAACUCUGCAGGAGAGUCCCCAACUUCUACAGAAGUAGGAAUUUAUGCUUGUGUAAACCCAAGUGGUAUCAGUGCUCCAGUUUUAGGUACAAUUACUCAGACAAGUGUGGAAGUUACUUGGAGUGCUCCCACAGACAAUGGAGGCUGUGUUAUCGAAGGCUAUGAACUCUAUGUCACAAACUUAGCUAGAAGUGCAUACACUGAGGUUCAUUCUUUCUCUGUCCACGACAAGCCAGGCUUGAGAACAUUUACGAUCACUGAACUUCCCACUGGAGUUGUUGGCAAUAAGAUGAAUGUGAAAGUAAAGGCUAAGAAUAUAGCAGGACUCUAUGGAGAAAGUGAUAUACUAGAAGUAACAGUCGCAGGAGUACCUUCAAAGCCAGGUGCAGCUCCUCUAGAAGACACAUCUGUAACAUCUGGCACUACGAUCGGUGUGACUUAUACACAACCAACUGACCAAGGAUCAACCAUCCUGUCUUAUGAUGUCCAAAUCGAUGAUGGAGAUGAAGGCGAAUUCACUACGUUUAUAGGAGGUGAUUCGAACAAUUACUUAAGUCUUUCUGCACAAACAAGUACUGGAAUUGUGGAAGGAAAGACCUACCGUGUGAGAUACAGAGCCAAGAACAUAAAUGGUUGGGGAGAAUACUCUGAUAUCACUUACAUCUUAGCUGCUUCAGUUCCUGAACCUCCAGAGAAGCCUAUCUAUGUGUCAAGUACAGACACCACGAUUACUUUGAGCUUACUUCCUUCUAUUGAUAACAAUGGUGCACCUAUUAGUAGUCACAAACUCUACAAGGAUGCAGGAUCUUUGUCCUCCUCCUUUACUGAAAUAACUGCUUAUGAUGGUUCGGCUACUAGCUAUGAAGUUACAGGACUCACACUUGGUACAACUUACAGGUUCUAUUACAAAGCAGUUAACUCUAAAGGUGAGUCUGAACAAUCAGGAGAAGCUAGGUUCACUGCAGGAUCUCCACCAUCAGCACCAACUGCUUUAACAGCAAGCCAUUCAACGACUUCUUCAAUAACUCUGAGCUGGACAGCAGCUACUUCUACUCUAUCUAUAACGGGAUAUACAGUUGAGAUAAAUGAUGGAACGGAUAGUCCUUCUGGGAGAGUCUUGUCAAGCGAAGCAGUCACUGGAACUUGGAGCGAAGUCUAUGAUGGAAGAGGCAAACCAAGUAUUACUUCUGUGACAAUCUCUGAGUUGGAAGAAGGAAAGCAAUACAGGUUUAGAUACAGAGCGCUCGACUCCAAUGGUCCUUCUGAGUAUUCUACUUUAGCUGAAUUUUACUCUUGCACAGAUCCAGCCCAGCCAGGAACUCCUGUGAUCAGAGAGAACACACUUACAACAAUGUUAGUUGCCUGGACUGCUCCAAGUUCUAACGGUGGAUGAACUAUCACCGAGUAUGAACUUUAUAGGAAUGAUGGACUAGGAGGAGCUAUUGAUACUAAGAUACAUUCAACAGAGUUAUCAGGACAUCCUGAAAUCACUGAGCUUACUGUUAGUGAGUUCCCAUCAAAUCCAACUGGAAUGACAUUCAAGUUUAAAGUCUUUGUCCUGACCUCUCAUGCUACAACUGGAGUGGCAUCACAAGAAUCUGCUGAAAGAUUACUCGCAUUAGCUCCUGCAGAUCCAACUGUGGCUCCUACUAAAGGUUCAAAUACAAAUGCUGACCAGAUAGAGAUUUCUAUCAGUGAAAUUACCACGACUAAUGGAGGAAGUAUUCUAAGCUACCAUGUUCAAAUCGACGAUGGAAACGGCGGAAACUUUGUAACAGUCUCAGGACUCUCUUCGGACGUCCUUGAUCUUAAUAGAAUAGUUACUGCAGGAAUUAUCACUGGAAGACUUUACAGAGCAAGAUAUAGAGCACGAAAUGAAGUUGGCUACACAGGAUAUUCCCCAAUUGGAUAUAUUGAAGCAAGCCAAGCGCCUGAUACUCCAGCAGCACCGGUUGUAACUAUUUCUUCCACUGGAGAGGUGGUGGUCACAUGGGUAUACCCUGAUAUCAAAGGUAACGACAUCACCAAUGUUGAGGUCUAUAUUAAGGACAGCUCAGAUGUAAACCAGACCCACACAACAGUUGGAAGAGUCACUUCUACAACUAUCGCAAUGAGCGAGAUGAAUACUACUUAUGGACUUUCUCAAGGAGAUGACAUUAUUGCUUCUGUAAGAGUCAGGAAUGGAAUUGACUGGAGCUUAACAUCUCCACACUCUGCAACAGGAGUCUUAGUAGAAAGAGAACCUCAUACUCCUACAGUUGCCCCUCUAAGCAAUUAUGCUCCACUGGAGACAUCUAAUGCAGACUAUGGACAGAGAAUGAUAAUCAGUGUUACUCCUUUGACAGGAACAAGUACUGGUGGAAGUGCAAUCACAUCUUAUCAAGUAGAAUAUGAUAGCACUGGAAGUGGAGGAUGGAUCAUACUUGGAGGCGAUUCUCCUGAAUCAUUAGUCACUAGCUAUACUGUAACAGGCCUAACUAAUGGACAAAGCUACUUUGUCCGGUACAAAGCAAAGAACAAUCAUGGCUUUGGAGGAUACUCAACUUCCGCUUCCAUAUUAGUUGCAGAAGUUCCUCAGAAGAUCUCAUCUGCUCCAACUUUAGCUUAUUCAGGAUCAACAGUUCAGAUAACAUGGAGUAAGCCAGCAAAUGGAGGAUCGACAAUCCUAGCCUACAUUGUAGAAUUUACGACUAGCACAGGCGGAGUUGUUACUUUGAGCUCUUGAGAUAUCACUGAUCCAGAUACUGUUACCUGUUCUCCAGAGAUGAAUGAUAUUGUCACAGCAACAAGCUUAGUUGAAGGAGAUACAAUCCAAGUUAAAGUAUCUGCUAGAAAUGUUCAAGGAACUUCAGAUCCUUCUGACACAAAUGGAAUUAUUGUAAAGACAAAGCCUCAUACUCCAACUUCAGCACCUACAAGGAAUACAUUGACAGGCAAAUCUCAGAUCACUGCUGAUUUUGGACCUUUAGAUACUUCUAAAAAUGGAGGCUCUACUAUAACAUCAUACAUUUUAGAAAUGCUUGUCGGAGCAAACUAUCAAGCAGUGAUCGGAGACACAACUCCUAACCCAAGUACCUUUACUGCUACUGCUGAAUCUCCCGAUUUCACAAUAACCUCAGGAGAUACAUAUACACUUAGGUGGUCUGCAAGGAACAUCUAUGGAACAUCGGAUCCUUCCCCAACUGUUGAUAUUCUUGCUGCCACAAAGCCUGGUGUACCUGCUGCAGUCGGACUUAGUGUCCUUUCAAAUGGAAAUUUGCAGAUCCAAUGGGCUGAUCCUUCUGAUACUGGAGGAACUAAUGUUGCAAUUACUGAUUAUGUAAUCACAAUCAUCAAGAGCGAUGGAAACUAUGUCGAAGAUACAAGCCUAUGUGAUGGAAGCUCAUCGUCAGCAUUGAGUAGUAGAAACUGCAAUUUCGACUUUAGCGAAUUGAUGUUAGAUCCAUUCCUUUUAGUGCAGGGAAAUUUAGUUAAAGCAAAGGUGCAAGCCAAGAACUCAGUAGAUUGGAGUGAUUUCUCACCAGAUGUAGCUGAUGGAGACGCAGUUGCUUUGGAGACUGUACCUCAUAAGCCAAAUACUCCAAGAAGAGGAUCCUCAACAACAUCUAGCCAACUUGUAGUAGAAUGGGAGGCUAUUUCCUCCCCAGAAAAUGGAGGCUCAGAUAUUACCUCAUAUAGUUUACAGUUUGAUCAAGGUAAUGGUGACUUUAUCAUUGUGACAGGAGAAUCUACUCCUUAUACUUCGACUAGUUACACUCAUUCUGAUAAUAUUGUCGCAGGAAGUAGCUACCAGUUCCACCUUAGAGCACAGAAUGCUCAUGGAUUUAGUCCAUAUUCUGAUACUCUAACUAUAAUCGCAGCUUCUGUACCAGGAGAUAUUUCUACUGCAGUCACAACUUCCCUUUCUGGAUCUAAAGUUGUCUUUACAUGGAGUGUGCCAUCAACAGGAGGUCUUCCCAUAACUAGUUACACAGUACUCUUUGUUGGAAGUAGUGGUGAUCAAGGAAUUUCAGAAUGCGUGCCAGUCGUUGGAUCUACAUCCGGAACAUUUACAUGACAAGUAGAAAUGCUCACUUUCAGUAGUUCUCCACUUAACUUGUCUGUAAAUACUCUCAUAGUUGCUAAAGUCAAAGCUUCUAAUUCACUUGGAUCAGCUACUAACUUUAGUCCUGAUAAUACAGGAGGAAUUACUGUCAAGACUUUGCCUCUGUCUCCUUCUACUAUUCCUACGAUAGGCACGAACACAGCUUACAAUCAGGUUGAGUUAGUGACUGAUGCAGUAACUGGUUCUAACACUGGAGAAAGCACAAUACUUAGUUAUGAAAUCUUUUGGAACCAAGGAAGUAUCAUCAAUACUAUGAUUUCACUUACAACGAUCACUGCAACUGCAGAUUCGACUUAUACCUAUCUUCAAACAAGUGGAAUCUCUGCUGGAGAGACAUACAAGUACAAAUAUAGAGCAAUCAAUGUGUAUGGAGAAGGAGCUUUCUCAGGUGAAGUAAGCACAGUACCAAUGAGUGCACCUGCUAAAGUAACAGGAGUUUCUCUAACCUUGAGUACCACAGAUGUUAUCAUUAAAUGGAUUGUGCCAGAUAAGAGAGGAGAUGAUAUCACCAAAUACCGUGUUACAUUCUUUGAUAAUGCAGAUUCACAGUAUAAAGAAGUAGCAUCCUUCUGUGGUUUAGCAGAUUCAUCCCCUACUACAACUAAUACAUGCACUGUAGCAAUAGCUAACUUUGGAACAAGUCUCGGAUACACUAAAGGACAGCUUCUACUUGUCAGAGUUGAGGCAUAUAAUAGCCAAGGAUAUGGAGAAAUCUCUGACAUUCUUACCUCCGGAUUAGUGUUCCAGACCAUACCUGUUCAAGUGGCAAAUCUUUCAGGCACUGCAACUGACAAAGAAAGUGUUUCUUUAAGCUGGAAUCCAAUUAGUUCUUCUCCAGAUGAUGGCUAUUCAUCAAUCACUGCAUAUGAUGUCUGGUGGGACAAUGGAGCUGAAGAUGGAAGUGCCCUCGUAUUCAUAGCGUCUGCAGGAUUAGACACAACAUUCUCGAGGUCUUCAUUAACUACAGGAAACAACUAUAGAUUUGCAGUCUUGGCCAAGAAUGUUCAUGGACCUGGAAUCUUAUCAACUGAAACCACAGUCUUAAUAGCAAGUUCUCCAGAAAUGAUGAACGCAAUCUCAACCUCAGCAUCAGGAACAAGCAUUGUAAUCACAUGGGCAAUCCCUUCAAGCAAUAAUGGAGCUGAUAUCAGCAGCUAUAGAAUCAAGUUGUAUAAUGCUGGAACUGGAGUUUAUGCCGAAGACACAUCACUUUGUGAUGGAUCUGAUCCUAAUGUAUUUACUUGCACAAUACCAAUGUCUACUUUCACAACUACUUUAGGAUAUACUAAAGGAGUAGUCAUCAAGGCUACAGCUGAAGCUUACAAUGUUAAAGGAUGGAGUACUCCUUCCCAACCAAACUCAGGUGGAGAAGUAGCAAAGACAGCACCAGAUGCACCUACAGGACUUGCAGCCAGUGUUCUGAGCACAACCUCAGUUAGUCUUAGUUGGGAUUUGAUAACAACUUCUCCAGAAAACGGAUAUUCCUCUGUGACUUCAUACAGCAUUUCAUCCAAUGGAGGAAGUGGAAGUACCUUCACACAAGUAGCUACCUCAAGCACCAGCCCUGUAACUGUUAGUAAUCUUUCCAAUGGAGUUUUGUAUGAUUUCAAGAUUUCUGCAGUCAAUAUAUUCGGCACAGGAGUAGGAUCGAAUUCUAUCUCUAUAAGAGUAGCAACAGUUCCACUAGUAAUGAAUGCCCCUGUGAUUCAGUACAGUCUGGCAGACAUUGUAAUAACCUUUGACUAUCCAGCAUCUGGAGGACUUAGUAUAUCAAAAUUCGAAAUAACCUUCUCCAACGAUCAGACAACUUACACUGAAUACACGGAUCUCUGUGAUGGAACUGACAGCACAGUUAAGUCUCAGACCAAAUGAACAGUGACAAUGAGUCAGUUGAAAGCCAAAGGAUACUCAGCCGGAGACAUCGUCACAGCUAAAGCAAGAGCAUACAACUCACUCGGAUGGGGACCUCUAUCACCUUCUUCGAAUACUGACAUCCAAGUACAAGAGGCUCCUAGCGCUCCAACAGGACUAACUGUUGCAAAUGUAGAUGUCACCUCACUUCUUGUCUCAUGGACUGAAGUAACUUCAACUUCUUCCUCAGGAAGUGGACAAAGCCCUUCUUAUGUUGAUUCAAUCGACUACACUUUGUACUGGGAUCAAGGAGUUGACAGCUUCACCGUCUACCAAUCUUCACUAACUAGCACAAGCUUAUCUGUUGGAAGUCUAUCAGCAGGCACCACCUAUGCAUUUAAGGUUUCAGCAACCAACCUUCAGGGUGAAGGAAGCUUAUCAACUGCUGUAAGUGCUAAAGUUAUGGAUAAGCCAGCCCAGAUGAAUCCUCCAAGUCUAACAGAAGUUGGAACUCUGAUUAGAAUAACUCUUACUCCUCCCUCAUCAGUAAAUGGAGAUCCUGUGAAUAACUACCGACUCUCAAUAUGGACUAAGAGGUUGGAUUUUACUUAUGAAAUUACUAGUCAGAAUUAUAAAGAAGGUCCUUGUACUGGAGCUGAGCUCCUAUCAAACCUUGGAUGAGAGAUUCCGAUGAGUGUGUUCACAACUACUUAUAGCUAUGCUGCUGGUGUAUAUAUCAAAACAAAAGUAGAAGCACACAACACAAUAGGCUGGAGUCCAAUUUCAGAUGCUAAUGCUGACUCUGUUUUUGCUAAAACUGUACCACAAGCACCUUUUGGAUUAUCAGCUGUUUCACUAACUACAACAUCUAUUCAAUUGUCAUGGACAAGAGUCACAUCGGAUGCACAGAGUGGAUAUGAAGUUGUCAGAGAUUACAAGAUUCUCUCAAAUGGUGGAAGCGGAACUUCCUUCUCUGUACAUUUAUCCUCAACUGGAAAUUCUAUUAGUGAGGAUCUUAUCAAUUUGACCUCUGGAGCUACCUAUAUCUUCAAAGUUAUCGCUGUUAACAAGUUUGGAGAUGGUUCUGAAUCAUCACAAGUGUCAAUAUUAGUAGCUCUCGUACCUGCAAAGAUGGAUGUUAUCACAUUCACUGAAGUAGAAGUAUCAGUAUCAAACACUAAGAAUGUGAAACUUAAAUGGAAUCUUCCAGUUGAGAAUGGAGACAGUGUAGAUCAAUACAGAAUCAUGCUUUAUUCUCCUUUCAACACUGAUUAUGCUGAAAAUACUAAUCUCUGCAAUGGCACUAACAGUGAUGUAAUCACAAACAGAGAAUGCUUGAUAGAUAUGGCAGAGUUUAGAGACUCAUCCUACGGUUAUACAAACGGACAGCUAAUCAAAGCUAAGAUAUUAGCUCAUAAUGGUAAAGGGUGGGGACCAGAGAGUGAUGAGAAUACAGUAGGAGUCGUAAUGCAAUCUGCACCUAUCAAAGCACCUACUAACUUUGCAAUCACCUCUCCAAGUAUGAACACAGCUGCGUUAUCCUGGGACCCUCUGACAUUUGAAGAAGCAGGAUAUUCAGCUCUUACAUCUUAUUCUAUACUAUGGGAUAGUGGAAAUUCAAGUCCGUUAUCUGUUAAAGAAACGACUACAAGUACAUCGAUUGCAAUCGAGUUCCUUGAGACAGGCAAAACGUACGAAUUUAGUGUUAGAGCAGAUAAUAUUUAUGGUUCAUCUGCUAAUGCUAUUUCACAAUCCAUUUGGAUAGCUAGGGCUCCUAAUCCUCCAACUAUUUCCUUACAUGAAAGCGGAACCAAUAUCGUAAUAUUAUGGAACGAACCCGCUGGCAAUGGAGCUGAAGUCACUUCAUAUGUUGUUUACGUGAAAGAUGAAUCCCAAACUAGCCAGUUCAUAGACCACACAACAGAGUGUAACACAAGAGCUGCAACUGAUACUACUUGUACUAUUCCAAUGGCCACAUUUACCAAUGCUGCUAAGUUGAACUAUGCCAUUGGCACUACCAUCGAAGCUAAAGUAUCAGCUGUGAACGCAAUUACAGCAUCAACACAAAGUCCAGUUAGUACCGAAGUUAUCAAAGCACAGAGUGCCCCUACAGUCGCCAUCACCGGAUUAUCAGCUACCAGUACUGUAGACUCUAUAACCCUUUCCUGGACAGCACUUUCGACUGAGACCGCUAAAGGAUACUCUGAAAUUACCAAGCAUGUCGUCACUAUGAAUGGAACAACAAGAGAAGUAGUAAUUGCAGAUGGAACUUCAACAACGUUCACUGGAUUGACUACUGGAGCAACUUACCAGUUCACGGUCGCAGCUGCCAACAAGCAUGGAACAGGCACCGCCAGUAGUACUUUCGACUACAUCGCUGCAGACAAACCAGAAGCUCCUCCUGCACCAACAAUCAGCCAAGCUUCAGGCUCUACCGACAUUGUGAUUUCGUGGACUCAAUUCUCAGGACCUUCAAAUGGACUAAAUGUAGAUCAAUAUCAUGUGUUAUUGUCAGAUGGAAAUGUUACCCCAGCAUAUACAGAGAACCUUGCUAUAUGAGAUGCAACCAACUUGGGGACUACAUCCUGCACUAUUUCUAUGGAUACCAUUACAGGUACUGGAACCAACAAGUUAGGUUUCUCAGCUGGAACAGCCAUCACCGCUAAGCUAGCUGCUGAGAACGCAAGAGGAACAGGCGCAGAGAGCCCAGUUUCCAACGCAGAUAUUGUCGCUCAAGAAGCUCCACAAACUCCACCACCAACCUUCGCUGCCACAUCCACAGCAGGAGAUGUGACCCUAACAUGGAACGCCUAUAGUGCUGCAAGCGAAUAUGGUUACUCCCCUGUCACGGAUUACAUUGUAACGUACCAAUCUACUAGUAAUGCACUAACAACUAUCACCAUUACUGAUCAAACAGCAACUUCAUAUGUCAUUGAAAACCUUACCCCAGCAGGUGAAACUUUCACCUUCACUAUACUUGCGAAGAACAUACAUGGUAAUGGUGUCACUGCUACCACCACUCAUGCCCUGGCUGGUACUGCACCUGCCACAUUGGCAAAGCCUACACUCACAGAGUCAGGAACAGACAUAGUAAUUACUUGGUCGCCAACCUCAGAUGAAAAUGGAGCUGAAGUCACUUCAUAUGUUGUUUACGUGAAAGAUGAAUCCCAAACUAGCCAGUUCAUAGACCACACAACAGAGUGUAACACAAGAGCUGCAACUGAUACUACUUGUACUAUUCCAAUGGCCACAUUUACCAAUGCUGCUAAGUUGAACUAUGCCAUUGGCACUACCAUCGAAGCUAAAGUAUCAGCUGUGAACGCAAUUACAGCAUCAACACAAAGUCCAGUUAGUACCGAAGUUAUCAAAGCACAGAGUGCCCCUACAGUCGCCAUCACCGGAUUAUCAGCUACCAGUACUGUAGACUCUAUAACCCUUUCCUGGACAGCACUUUCGACUGAGACCGCUAAAGGAUACUCUGAAAUUACCAAGCAUGUCGUCACUAUGAAUGGAACAACAAGAGAAGUAGUAAUUGCAGAUGGAACUUCAACAACGUUCACUGGAUUGACUACUGGAGCAACUUACCAGUUCACGGUCGCAGCUGCCAACAAGCAUGGAACAGGCACCGCCAGUAGUACUUUCGACUACAUCGCUGCUGGGCCUCCUUCAGUUGUACAGAACCUAAUAGUUACCCUAGUCGGAACCUCUGAUGUCAUUAUUGACUGGCAACCACCUAGUUCAAAUGGAGGCUCAUCACUAACAUCCUAUGAAGUUUACAUCUACAACGGCAGCUCAUACCAAGCUGUCACUAUAUCUACCUGUUCAGAAGCAGACGUAUUAGCAGAUGCAAAAUGCACACUAACACAGACAGAAGUAAGGAGCACAUACUCACUUACCACGGGCGAUACUGUACAGGUCCAAGUGACCGCCAGCAACAGCAAAGGUCCCUCAGAUAUCGCAUCAGCAACGUCAUCAGCAUUACCCGCACAGCCCUAAAUUCUUACGUCUUUACUCAUAACCACUAAUUCCUAACCUG